AUGGCGGAAUCAGAAGAGGCCGAGGAUUCAGUAGAUUAUUACGCUGUUUUGAACGUCAGAAAAGAGGUAAAAAUAGUCUUUCAGAGAGAAAGAAGAAAAGAAAUAUUUGAUCAAUCAUUUUAAGUGCAUUUUAUUGCAUUUCAGGCAAACGAAAAUGAACUUAAAGCUGCUUACAGACGCAUGUGCAUGUUGUAUCACCCUGACAAACAUCAAGAUCCCGCGAAAAAGAAAGUAAGGUUAAAGGCUUACGCCUUGUUCGCACCAAGCAAAAUUUUGUUUGUUUUGCAAAACAAUCUGUCAACAGGGAGCCACUUCUAGAGCGAACGAUUUUUUUCACUUGCCAAAAUUUUCUCAACUGUCACCAAAGUUCAAAGAUGCCGUCGAGAAGAUCGAUUUGGAGGCCUACAAUUUUUUGUCAGGCGACAAACUCCUUUGUUCCUUGACAGCUUUCCUUCACCAUGUUAUACAACAAGGUUCUUCGACCCAACACGCAGCCGUUUUCUUAAAACCCUGUUAAUAUGACCAUCUUAUCCUGGGAAUUUUGCCGAAAAACGUGUUUUGGAGCUACUGUAGUCGAGCCAUUUGCUAGGCAUUUAGUAGGUUUCAUUUUGGUGGGAACCGUUUUUUGGGAAAGUUUUUAGGAUCCUUGGAUUGCAUGAAAGAAAGAGUAGGUGGAUACUAGAACAUGAUUUUCGUGAGAAUUUUUGGGUUAACGUUGUAUGGUUAUUUGCCUUUUUCUUCGGCCUCGUUGACUGAAUCAUGCUCAUUCUUUUGUGGUUUGAAAGAUCUCUUCACCCUGCACAAGUUGGCAGACAAAGUUGUCCUUGACCAUUAAAACUGAUAAUGUCACAAGCAGCAGAAGUUAAAUAGAUCUGCAAGGGGGGUGGGGGCAGCUCAAGGGUGAAUAGGUUAACAUCACCAGAGUUCCAUGACAUCUGGGUGGUUGCAUGAAGGAUUAUUUCACUGUAGACAUUGUAAUUUAGCAGCAAGAUUAAGUUUAUACCGGUAUUUAAAAAUCUUGCAAGUAACCCUGCUUAUCCUUAUAAUGGCUAAUAAUUGCCAUUUCAUAAAAUUGAUAGCAUAACCGUUUCUUUGCACUUGUUUCAACAGAUUGCUGUAGAGUUAUUCAGUAAAAUUCAAAAGGCUUAUGAAGGUAUGGUAUGCAUGUACUACAGUCACUGUAUGUAUUUCCGCCGCCCAUCAAAUAAGGACUUUGCCAAUGCAAUCAAAUCUUUGUGUUAGUUAUACCGGCAACUUAAACUUAUAAAUAAAUGCAACCCUCAGAUACAGUGUUAGCACCACAUUGAAUAAACACCACAUUUAUUGGAUGAAAAAUUUAAUUAGUACCAUGGCAAUAAUAAUAGGUGAGUAAAUACCAUAAACUGCCGCUUAUAAGCCCAUCCGCUUAUAAGCCCCCCCCGGUUAUAGGCCCACCUACAUGCAAACAAAAAACUACAUCCGAAUUAUAAGCCCAUCCGGAUAUAAGCCCCCCUCCAGUUUUUCUUUAUUUUAUAAGUACAAAAAGCUUCUCUGCUGUGAACUAGACAUUAAAACUUUAACUAAUGACGGCGGGAAUGAGCUCUGAACUUCCGUUUUGUUGGGUUCCAGUUACGUUUGUGUUGUUACAGUUUUGAUUUUGUUUUGAAAUUUAACUGAAUUUGAUUUAUUGCUGCCUUUUUAAGGCUUCAAUUGUAAGAGUAAUAAAUUUAAAUCAUACGUCGAUCAACAGUGCUGUUGCUCAUUUCGAAACGUUUUUUUUGUCCGGUUAUAAGACCAUCCCGAUAUACGCCCCCCCAUUUAUAAGCCCACCAAAAAACCCCUUACAAACUUGUAUAAGCCGAGGGCUUAUAAGCGGCAGUUUACGGUAUGGCAAAGUAAUGCUCCAAGCUCAAUUUUUUGCAAAGUCACCUUUUGGUGAUCUAAAAUUCUAAAUGGUUGUCAGACAUACAUGUAAAAUAUUGGUUGCCAUUAAAAAAAAUGUUAAUAAAUAAUAACAUGCUUGGUGUAGUAUUACAGGAAAUGUUUUACCGUUGACCAUAUAUUGAUUGCUGGUACUUGACUUUGUUUUAUCUCCUAAUACUCAAGUGUGUCUUAGAUUACAGCCAUUACAGUAACUUUGUUAAAUGUGCAACAACUAGUGCACUAAUCGGUUGAUUGAUAAGCUUCAAAUUUAUCAUUUAUCCGACUACAUGCACAAAUAGCAGCAUAGUAAAGGGUCGGCUAGAAUUCAAGGGUCAAUUUACUUUUUUCUGUACUAGAGGUUUUUUUACUUCAUUGUAUUUCGAGAACAGUGGAGCCAGGGUAUCUAAAGCUAGUUUUAAUUAUUUCACCAGAAUGACCCUAUCAAUAGUGCCUGUAUCUUAAGUUGACAGUCUUGACCAGAUCCUCGAAACUUGAUUCAUGCUUCUCGAAAUCUAAGUCAUUGCGUGAAGGGACAAAAAUGUGACCGUACAUGGGAAAACGUACUUCAACGCUUAUCCGUUAAAUGGGCAAAACCAUUAGUCAUCCUUUAGUUGCCCGUUAGAAAGUUCUCUCAAAAAUGUUAGAGGCGUUAACAGAACCGUUAGCUUUAAACGUCAUAGCGUUAGAACGAAAAGUGUACCCGUUAGCCAAAGUUCUAUUGCCGUUAGCCGUUAGCAUCAGAGGGUUAGAGCAUUAGUUGUAUCCGUUAGAACGGCUGGCAAAGGUGUUAGAAAAAAUCACACCUUCCGUUAAAUGGAUAAAAGCCAUACAGUUUAGUCAGAAGUUUCACUGUACCAUAAAAUAGUAAGGAUUCGGCAAACGAAGCAAGCUUUUCAUGUCUCGAAAUGGACAAGCGAGCAAAAUUCUCGUUCAUAGGCAUGUAUCGGUAAACAUCCGUGUAUCCUAAGAGUCGUAAUGGUUGCGAAAGAGACUGUUCAUCAGCGAGCGAUAAAGUCGCAGGAGGGAAUAAGGCGAAUUAUUUUACUGUACGUCUUGUAAAUUUGAUGGUUGUUUUUCACGAAACAGACGAGCGAGCGAAAUUCUCGUUCGUAGGCGUGUAUCCUAAACAAAUUGUAACGGUUUCGAAAGAGACUGAUGAUGAGCGAGAGAAUAAGCCAAAUGACUUUACUGUACGUCUAGCAAAUUUGACGAUUGUUUUGUGCUGUUGAUUGAUAAAUUAUGACCCUACUGAAUAUCACCAAUCAGGAGCCAAUUAAUUAUGGCUCCUGCACCAACACAUUACAAAAAUCUGGUUGAAAAAUAAUUAUUCGAAAAAGUAAACACUGGUUAUGUGUCAUGAACUGGUCUACGAGUCACGUAGCACUGGUCAUGAAAAACAGUAACAACAAUGUAAGUUCUCAUUCUUGCCUUGGAUGCGGCUCGCAAGAUAUGCAUCGGUCUAAAAUACUAAAUUUGCAUAAAGUUGUUUACAGUGUAUUUUAUUCAAAUUCAAAUGCUUCGCAAGUCUCUUUCCGACAGGAUGUUUUGAUCAUUGUGUCAAGCUGAAUUUUUCUCGUCUUGGCACGACAUAAUUUAUCAUUUGACAUUCUCGAGUAUAAUAUUGAACAUUACUUUCGUCCAAGGUCUUUCUUUAUUUCUGACAGCAGCAACGAGUCUAGCAAUUAAAGCAUUCGAAUGCGCAUAAUCGAUCUCGAUCCAUCGCAAACAAAAUGCAAAAUAAUGUUGUCGCUGAAAAUGUGUGGUGAUGUCACAGGCCCUAAGCAGCAUUACCACCCAUAAAAUAUACCUCAUCUUGUAGAGAAGAUCAAAGGCUCUCUACUGAAGGUAAAAUCGUUUCGAGCUACUGCAACAUAUAGAAAGGGUUCCAUCCAUGCCCCCCUUAUACUAUGGUGGGGCUAUGAAUUUGCAUGUACGUCCGAGGGCUAAUAUUGAAGGUUUUUCUAAGACUAUUAAAUUCAUUUGACACCAUUGUCAGACGAGAAACUUCAACUGCACUGCAGCAGAAGUCACAGAAGCGAAUUUCAAAACAAGUGCUUGUUUGUUUACCUUUUAUGGGCGGAACUAUGUUUUUGCCUAUGGCCGAUGACCAAACAUUCUCCGUUUUUGUUUCAAAAGUGCAGAAUGCACAGGGAAUUUUUCCGUUUGUUCACUAGAAGUUAGCCUGAGAAUCAUAAGUUUUAGGUGCCCGUUCGGGUUCGUUGUUUGAAAUUAUUUUUGGUCACCUGUGGCAAAUUGUAGGCACCCCUGAUGACCAGGUGCCCUUUAAGCAGCAGCCUUGAACCCAGGGUUAAAUUUUAACCCGCAUCUCUUUUCUUUUUCAUCAAAAGCAUUUUCUCAGAGGAUUUUCUCUAAUUUUUUUAGAGUAGCCAAUCAUUAAAUUGUAGAAAAAAAGAAUUAAACUGAAUUUGUUUUUAAGCUUUUAUACCUGAAUUAAGAUUUUGCACUAACCCUGGGUCAUCUUAACCCAGCUUUGAACAACCUGGCCCUGGUUUUCUGCAUUGAUGGGAAAGAAAACAAUUUAUCUUGAAAAAGACCUUUAACCCUAUCGUUUUUCGUGGUUUUUUAGUCCUAAGUAAUCCUGAAACAAGAAGUAUUUAUGAUGUUUAUGGACAGAAGGGACUGGAUGCAGGCUGGGAGGUAAGAUUGAAUGGUUCAGAGACAGACAUUUUGCCUCUUGAAAAAAGAAAGACUGAAAUAAGCCAAUUUUACUCUCUUUUCAGAUUAUUGAAAGACAAAGAACACCUGCUGAAGUAAGUAAGAUUACAUUAAUAAUAGACUGACCUGUCCCACAUUCUGCUACUAUAAACACAAAAUGAAAUGAGCAGAUGCAGGGGAUGUUGUUGUUGUCAUUUCUAAAGAAUCCUAGUCUGAACAAGUGACAUAAUUCUAUGGUUAAGCCAUUGAUGACUCAUCUUCCCAUCCAAGAGGGUUUAGUACAUCAUGUCCCGUGAAAGGUCUCACUUUUUCCAUAAAGGCGCUCUAUAAUUAUAUUUAUAUAUUUUAAGGUUUUAAAAAACCAUUCAACAUUAAUUUAUACCAACACAUACGUAUACAUACAUUGUAUGUAUGUGUGUAAAUAAUGGUAAUUGAACUGAGUGGAGUGCAAUUUGUUCUGAAAUCAUACGACUGAUCAGACAAGCACGCAGCACGAUCACAAGUAUGAUUUUAGACCAAAAUUGCACGUUACAAAGUUCAAUUACCACUUUAUUAGUCACUUUCAAAUCACAGAAUUCAGUCAGUACGAAUAUUUUUAUUGAUAAAGUAGCCAGUUUGUGGAAAAGCGUAAAUAAACAGACUUUUGCAUCCCAUUUUGUGAUGUGAUUUGCAACAUGAAUUAUGCGAUUUUAAUUGAACAGAUGUGAUUUAGAGCAAAAAAUACUGUGAUAUGUGAAUUUAUCACAUUACUAUAAUAAAAUGUAUGUGACAGAUCAAAUUUGAGUCUUGGUUAUUUUUUCCAACCUAGGUUAUUUUUUUAACUGUCUGAAAAAGGGCUUUUUAUUUUUUGGGGUGUAGCUGAAAAAUUGGGGCGUGGCUUUUUAGGGGGUUGUUAAAAAGAAUUAAAUGCAAUUGUAACGUUAACUUCUCACAUCAACACCACCCUCCCCUCCUACAAUUUGUAUGUACAUCCCCUUACCACUUCUUAUUUCUCCUUACCCUCCCCUCCCACGAAUUGUACAUGUAUUUACACCCCCUUACCACAUAUCACACACUAUUAGAGAAUAAAGUUUACACUUACCAAGAAUUGAACUCACAACCUUUGGCACAGAAGUCUACCAUUAUCUCCACUUGACCAAGCAAGCGAUCGUUGCGGUGGAGGGAGUAUUUUGCAUUAUUAUUACUUACUGGUUCCAGACUCCCCACAGCCAAAGUUUUAAUUUAUUCAUACAUGUGCACAGAAUUAAGUUCUGAAACAUUGAUUUCAAAAUGGCCACAUGUGCAGAUGAAACAGUAUUUUACAAGAAACUAGAUGCCUUAAAAACAUCAAGCAAGGGAAAAGAUAAUGAAACAACAUUGUUUAUUUCUGAUGACUUCUACUAUCAAGCCAAAAUCUGGCUAGGCCAAGAAGAAGGUUCGUUUAAGUCAAUGUCUAAGAAAGAUAUUGCAACUAUCAAGCAAAAACAGUGGACUCUGCAGCAGGGAAAAUUCAAGACAAAAAUUGAAGAGUUGAGUUCAGAGCAAAGAAAAAAGUUAAAAACAGUGUAAAUGAAAAUCAAGAGCAUUAUAAUCAUGCAAAAAUGAAAACAGCAAGAGGAAAACCACCCCUGUUUAGAGUGGAUGAGAUAGUAGUGAUAAAAAUUGAUAAAGCUGAGAGGACCUCCCCUCUUCACCCUAAUGUCCUUAUUGGCAAAAUUCUCCAUGUUGAAAAUAAUUACACUAAAGUAGUUACAAGCCAUGGAAUAAUUUCCAUAUUUAUUCCACCAAUCACUUAAACAAAUGUACUGCUACAAAUAAUGUUUUUGAUUACUCCAAAGAGAUCUCUUUUUCAUCAGCUUGCAAAAAGGCCACGAAUUAAGUUACAUUGCUGGUGUCCAAUUUAUGAGAAUAGAGUGUAAAUGAGUCAACAAGUGAAUGAGUCACAAGUCCAUUAAAAAACUUUGAAUCUCCCAAAUAAGCUGUGAAUAUCUGCUUUCUUGUUUGAUAAUAGUACAUAUGGUGACAAACCUAACCCUAAGUAAAUGCGAACCAUUUCAAGUAACUGCUUAACGCUUACCAGUAUAGCCAGUGCCCCAAUCAGUAUAGUCAAUGCUUAACCCUAAUCAGUAUGGUCAGUGCUUAUAAAUAUGAGUGGCUAGUGUUACCUUAGAUUUAGUUCAAACAUAUCAAUGUACUGGUAAUAUGGCUUAUUGCAUAACUAUAUAACAGUACCAAAUAUAUAACCCAGGUUGUUAAAAUUUAACCCAUGUGAAAUAAAAAAUAACCUAGACUCAAAUUGGACAUGUAACAUGUAUAUUUUAUGAUUGGUCUUUUUAUUACCAACAGAAUAAUAACUUAAUUAGCACCCCUAGAUUAAGUAUCCAUCUUCCAAUAAACACCUCUCCUUUUAGCUGAAAUUUAAGCACCAAGACGCUUACAUGUAUUCUCGGAAAUACAGUAUACUGUGUUUGUGUUAACUGUGUUGACAAGCUCAAUAUUGUAGAUAAAUAGUAGUACAUUUACUGUACAUGUAAGUAGUAAUGGCAACUUUUUUCACUGGGUUGUUUUUUACAGAUCCGUGAAGAAUAUGAGCGUCUCCAAAGAGAAAAAGAAGAACGCCGCUUACAGCAACUUACAAAUCCAACGGUGAAUGGAGUCUUUUUGCAAGUGAUUUUGUUCAUGUUAAAUUGCUUCUGCUUUGAUCUCUAAUGUUGUUACUUGAAACUUUUUUGCUCUGUUUGCAGGGCAGUAUUUCUGUUGGAGUGGAUGCCACAAACUUGUUUGACGGUUAUGAAGAUUCCUUUGAAGGGAGGUGAGAUUUUUGGCUGAUCUUUCAUCAGAAGCUUUGAAGCUUAAGAGACAUCACUGAGUGUAAAUGCCUGAAAUAGUGCCAGUUUCAAAUAAGUUCUCACCUUUGAAUUAGCGCCUCCUUGCUAUAAUCGUAUGGGUGCCCUUCGUAUAAAUACCCUCCACCCCACCUCUCUAUACACAGUACUGAUACAGUCACAAGGGAAUGACCCAUUUGAAAAAAUCACUCUGUUGGGUGUUAAACACUAUCUCUUUAGUAGUGCUUGAUGAUGGCAGCAUAACCUAUGGAUAACAUGUGGAUGUUGCAAAUUAAUUUUAUUGGUUUAUGUACCACACACACCGAAAUUUCCUACUGUAUGAUCUUGCACUUUUUGUUCAUUAGAGUUGAAGACAGUGCAGUUCUAUCAAAUUAGUUUCCCACACCCGUCUGGGCUAAAAAAAAACAAACUAAAUAAGCACCCCAGGUUCUAAUUUGAGUAUUUUGUAGUAUACAAUCAUGUUCUUGUGACUGUCAGUUGCAUUUGUUAAUUUUCUUUGUGAUGAAGUCUAGUCGUCAUUGUAUUUCAGGUUCUUACCAAACAUUGAGGUGAACUCAAUGUCCAUCUCUCAAUCCAUUGAAGUAAGUUCUUGUUGCAUAAAUUGAAAUUUAAAAAUUUAAAAAUUAAUUUAAGAAAGAGACAAUAUUUAUUGCUGUCUUUUUCCAAAACAGAUUUCAUCUUUGAUAUAAUGUGUAAAACUCAGCUGGAACAAUGAGCUGAAGUGACCGAUUUCCUCACAAAGUUUCACAUUCAUUUUAAUGUCAUUUCUUUGAUCUUUAAGAGUAUAUUAUAUUCAAUAUGAAAUUAAUACUGUUGUUCAUCUCCAGCAAAUUUUCAUGAAACAUUUGGGGGCUCAAGAGACAGGAAAAAAAAUGUCUUUAUUGUUACCCAGCACUUUAUUUUCAUUUCCUCCUAUCCCUAGUUUACAUUCAUGAUUCUGAAUAAUUAUAGUUAGGAUUAGGAAACAAAGUAAAUAUAGAAUCUAUCUAGUUUGAAACCAUGUUAACCUGGGGUCAAUUUCAAUAAAAUGUUUUGUAAGUGUAAUUUAAAAUUGUAGCCAACAACAACAGCCCUAUUCAGGACAUGUUCACCCGGACAAUCAUGCUCCACUCACUUAUGUGAUGACUGCAGGGUUCAAACAUAUCAUAGUGUAUUUAUUGUUUUGGAGUUUGAAAACAACAGCUACAGUUGUAAAUUACACUGCUCAAAGUGGUAUUAAAUUGGCCCCUGAAUUUACUUUUGACAAUUCUUUGGUGACUGGGGUUAGUCCCGGAAAUGGACACUCGAUUCUUAGGUAAACAGCAGGAAAAUUGAACGCUGAAAUCAUAGUAUGCAUAAUUAUGUAUGUGUUUCAUUACUAUUUCUUUGAAGUGAUCAAUGUCAUUUCUUUCUCAAGGCCCCUUUGACUCGUACAGACACACUCACUCUUGCUGGUUCUCUGAAGAUCAAAAACGGAAAUGGCACUGGCAGUGUGUCAUUGUCAGAGAGAAGAAUACUAUCACAUAAAGCAUGGGGAGAAGUAAGUCUGCACUGCUUGAUUUUGAUAAGAGGGACUUUAAGAUCCCAUGACGCCACGGCAAUGAGAAUGUCUGAAAUACAAUAGGUUUAAUAACCAAAACAACAACUUUGCAAGUGCAUAAAUUUUUUGUACAUUUUUUUUACCAUUCUUGGAAGACUACAAUGUGAAAAUGCCAACAAGCAAUGCCAAAAUUUUAUUUCUUUUUCUGAACUUGCAUAUGGUCCCAUGGAAUUAGACUUCAGGAGGGUUCGCGUACAUUUGACAAUGUAAGUGGGUGGGAAUAAUCGUGAUUAAGACUGAAAGAACACUAACUGACUUUUUAAGCAACACUCUUGUUGCCAUCGUGUCAUUGAAUCUUAAAGUCCCUAAUAUUAAUGAUAAUAAUAAAUACAUAACUAUCCUCUACCCUUAUGGGGCUUUUCAGGGAUAAUGAAACAAAUUAAUAUUUUCAAAUGGAACAUAACAAUUGGUUAAAAAUCCCAACUGGAAGGUGGUGAACCAGCUGGCUAUUUUACCAGCGUGGUCAAGGAUUUGAAAUCAGGGCUUACCGAGAACGAAUCCGAGAACAAAGUCCUUAGGCACAUUUCUCUCAAAAUCUAUUUUAAAUUACUCGACUGUGCUCUCUCUUUCUCUCAAAAUUUACUGUGAUUAUAUCAACACAUUACAAAAGAUAUCAAAUUGUGCGUCAUACAAGAUAAUGAAAAACUAGGUAGUAUUACUUCUGACAUAAAAGCUGGUAAAGGCAAUUUAUGUUUUUAUUUGAAUAGUCACAUCAUAGGAUUUCAUCCAGGUGCUCAAGUUACAUGUAGAACUACAUGUACAUGUGUAUUGCAUACAUGUGUGUCACUUUAAGAAUAAAAAGAUCAAGUAACAUUACUUGCAUAAGUUUGAGAAGCCAAGGCUGGUACGAUGUAUUUUUGGUUGAUGUGGUAUUUAAGAUUUAACUGCCUUUAUUUAUUAUUCUUGCUGCUGUGCCAAAGCCAACUUUGUUAUUGAUACAUUUGGAAUAGUAAAGUUUCUCUGACAUAAUUUUUCGUAAUAUUGAUUUCAUUCCAGGCAACGUUUGAAGCUGGAAAUGGUCCCACACUUACCCUACGAGCAUUCUCAAACCUUACACAGAGAAGGUGGUCUUUUUAUCUUUACUGUAAACAGUUUGUUUCAUAAGGAUAUUGCUGUUUUAGAUCAAUUCUGUGCUUACACUGUAAGUCGUUACGGAUCACUAUACGUUUCUGGAAAACUGCCCACCUAUCCCUCCCCUAAGCCAACAUAAACACUAAUUUCUCACUUACGGCAAAAUGUUGGCUUUUUAAGGGGGGAGGGUAGGUGGGCAGUUUCCCAGAAGCAUAUAAUGCUCUGUUAUGACUUAGUGCCUUCACCCACACACAAAAAUUAAUUUACGCUCCGGUAAAGUUAUGAAGACAAAUUGAAACAAAUUUCGUGUGGGGCAUUAACCACGAACGUUUUAAGGAGAUGUUUGUAGACCAAGACACUGUAAACACUUGACAAAGUUAGGCUAACUUUUUUCAACUUUCGAUCCAUACAAAUCCUAGCCAUUUGUAGCAUUUGCUGCAAAGACACAUUUUAGCUUUAUUAAAAGAUAGCAAACAGCAUGAAAUAGCUAGCCCCUCCAUCACUUGAUGCAUAAUUUUACCACAGUGAUGAGUCUUCGUGCCGCGAGCCAAAUUUUAAAUAAGACGAAACACUUCUUCGAAAGUCUAAAAUAUUACUUGAGAAUGUAAACAACAAAUCUCCGUCGGCAGUGCAAUCCGGAAGGAAAUCUUGUCGAGUCAAUAUGACAGUUCUAUUGUCUUUUGAAGAAAAAAAACAGAUGACGCUCGCACGUGCGCACAAUCGGGACACUGUCCCUUUAAGGUGGGUCGUGGGACUCAUCUUAUGAAAAAUUACCAGUCCCAGUCCAGAGCCAAUAAGACCCAGUUUAAGAAAACAAGUCCUAAAUUGAAAACGCUUGGGCCGUUAUGUAAUUCGUACAUACUGUAAAACAUACUCCAAAACUCUUUCGUACAGUAUACUGAAAUUAAAAUAUAGUCCUUAGCACAAACAAGAAUAAAAUAAAUAUGCAUUGUUAAACAACAGCCAGAGAAGUCACAUGAACAGGAUAUUCUACAACAUCUUCUUCAGAUCAAUCGAUCCAUCUUUGAGUUCUACAGGACACAUGCCAAUGAAUUAUUUUUAUGCGCCAGUAACACAGCACGCGGAGGUAACAAAAUCACUGUCUAUACAAAUGUAACCACUAUGCAGUUUAUUGUGUAACCAAUCCUUUCCUUGCUCUUAGUUAUUGCAUUGGCGGAAUUGUGAUUGGAAGUCAUGGAAAAGGCAUGUCUGUAGGAAUGAAUGGCAGUAAGUGAAAAUCUAUUAAAAUAAUAAUUACAUGAAAUUUAAUAGUAUUUGUUGGGGGAAAUCUAGAAAUCAAGCUACAACUAGUUCUUGGCUCAUUUUUCUCAUGCAAUUGGUAUCUUUUGUUACCCUCAGUAACAAAAAGUAAGAAAAUUAUAAAAAUUUAAAAAUAAUUAAAACUAAUUACCAACUAUUAAAAAAUUAUCAUUAUUUUGUCAUUUAAUUAUUAAGCGACAAGUGUUGGAACUUGCCGCAAUUUCAUUCAGUUAGUUUUGGAUACUAACAAUAUUUUCUCUUGUCACCUCACAUAGUGCUUGCUCGACAACUUGACAAACACACAGUUGGAUAUAUAACUUACAAGGGCGGUGUUCACUCUUCGAUGAACACAACAGUGGUUAGGGAAACAGAACAAAGUCGAAUGCAGUUUACCAUUCAGGUAAUGACAUAGAAUAAUAAGCUACAUGUAACUUAAAACAUUUGAAUUUCGAAUGUCAUCACUCCAGAAAUUUUUUUGUAGUCAUGUUUCAUCAUUUUGAACUUAAAGUGUAAGAAUUGAAAAUGACGUCCUUCCAAACAUUUGCAUUUCAAAUUUCUGUCAUGCUUCCAAGAAUUAAAAUUUCCAAUAUUGUCCUUAAGACAUAAAACGGUAAAAACGAACGAUAAAAUCUGACGUUUAGGAAUAGUCAUGACUCCAUUAUCAAGGAAAAAUGUUUUUGAUUAUGCAAAUUACACCAUUUAAAGCGAUGUGGCGCGAAAAUUAACAUAACAGGGCGCAAAGAUUAUGGAAAUACUUUUGCACGAAUAGAGUCUGAUUGUACUUUGAGAUUUGGCUUUAAGGUUCUUAUAAAAAGCAUUUCGUACACUAAACAGUCAAAUUUGUUCCUGCGUUUCUUAAGCACUUCGAAACGUUUCAGCGGGUCCUGAGGGAUCGUCCCGUGCACGUUCUUGUAAUGUUUGGCAAUGGCGGAGGACUGUUGGUUAUGUCCUUUUACACGGUUGUGUGAAUGGCUACGUGUGUAACCUACAUAGCCUACACCACACAGGUCACUAUGGAAGUUAUAAACUACACACUGUUCAUUUACGAUGGGUGGCUUUUCUUCUUUCACAUUCAGUUCUUGUUUAAUUUUUCGGCUGGCAAACUCAGGCUGGAUGGUGGUAUUUACUUUUAGGCUCAGAUCCUUAAGUUCUUCUUUCACGAUAUCUGCUGAGAUUUGGUCUUUAAAUAGUAAAACCACUCGAAACCGUGUCAUCUGUGAUAAAGGUCGCUACUGGUCAAAAACCUUUGAGUCAACGAAAUUUUUGAUGGUAGAGUUAACGAGGUGUUUGGGGUACGCGGGAAUGCUGUCUUCAAUCGGUUACAUUCGUCUGUGAAGUGUGACCAACAAGAAGAUAAACGAUAUGCUCGAUCCAGCAUACUUCUCAGUAAACCCUGUUUGUACCAAUUGUCAACAUAAUUCCGAUAGUGUAAGAGUAGACUUAAAAUAUUUAAAUUCCUUCCCAAUAUCUAAAUUCUGAUUAUUAUUUAUACAAAAAUUUUACAUCUAAAUAAAAUCCUUCCAAACAUUUGAAUUCUGAAUGUCUUUCUUCAAAACAAUAGUUUUAAAAAUUCUGCAUAAAAUUUUUCCAAACAUUUGACUGACCUCAUACUUCCAAACAUUGGUAUCCUAACCUAAUCCUUCCACUAUUGGAAUUAAGGCAAUUCUGAUUUCAUCCUUCCCAAGAUUCUGUUCUUAUCAUAUUAUAACUUGACAUUCUGACCUUAUCCUUCUUAUCUUGGCGUUAUCCUUUCAAACGUAGAAAUUCAGAACUUAUCCUUCCAAACAUUGAAAUUCUGGCGUUUUAUCCGUCAAAACAUUAUCCAUCCAAACAAUUAAAAACUGGCCUUGUCCGUCCAAACAUUGAAAUUAUGGCCUUAUCCAUCCACACAUCGCAAUUCUGACCUUAUCCUUCCAAACAACGGAAUUCAGGAGUUAUCCUUUCAACCACUGGAAUUGUCACCUUCCUUGUUUAAACAUUCGAAUUGUGACCUUUUCCUUCAAAACUUUAGAAUGGUGACCUUAUCCGUCAAACCAUUGUUAUUCUGGUCUUAUCUGUCCAAGCAAUGGCAUUCUGACGUUAUCCUUUAAAACAUCUGAAUUCUACCCUUUUGCGUCCAAACACUUGAAUAAUGACCUUAUUUUUCCAAACGUUGGAAUUGUGACCUUACCCUUCCAAACACUGCAGUUUUAACCUUCGUUGUCCAAACGUUGCAGUUGUGACCUUAUCCGUCUCCAGCCUUACUUGUCCAAACACUGGAAUUCUGACAUUCUCUUUUGAGACACUGGUAUUUUGGCCUUAUCCUCCGAAACAUGGGAAUUCUGACCUUAUUCAUCCAAUCACUCCAAUUCUGACCUUAUCUGUCCAAACAUUGCAAUUCUGACCUUCUCAUUCUCGCCUUAUCUAUCCAAACAUUAGAAUUCUGGCUUUAUCUGUCCAAACAGUGCAAUUCUGGCCUUAUCCUUCCAAACAUUGGAAUUUUGACCUUAUCUGUCCAAAGACUGGAAUUGUGACCUUAUCAGUCCAAACAUUACAAUUUUGGCCUUAUCCUUCCAAACCUUAGAAUUCUGGCCUUAUCGGUCGAGACAUAAGAAUUCUGGCCUUAUCUGUCCAAUCUUUGUAAUUCUGGCCUUAUUUGUCCAAGCAUUGGAAUUCUAUCCUUAUCUGUCGAAACACUGGAAGUUUCGCCUUAUCUGCCCAAACAUUGUAAUUCUGACCUUAUCAGUCUAAACAUUAGAAUUCUGGCCUUAUCUGUCCAAUCUUUGUAAUUCUGGCCUUAUUUGUCCAAGCAUUGGAAUUCUAGCCUUAUCUGUCCAAACAUUGAAAUUCUGACCUUAUCGGUCCAAACACUGGAACUCUGGCCUUAUCUGUCCAGACAUUGGAAUUCUUGCCUUAUCUGUGGAAACAUUGAAAUUCUGACCUUAUCUGUGCAAAUAUUAGAAUUCUGGCCUUAUCCUUCCAAACAUUAGAAUUCUGACCUUAUCUGUGCAAACACUGGAAUUCUCACCUUAUCUGUCCAAUCAUUAGAAUUCUGGCCUUCAUUGUCCAAACAUUGGAAUUCUGAUCUUAUCCCUCCAACUAUUCAAAUUCUGACCUUACCCUUCCAAACACUGGCAUUCUGGCCUUAUCUGUCCAAAUACUGGAAUGCUGACCUUAUCUCUGCAAACAUUGGAAUUGUGCCCUUUUCUGUCCAACCAAUGUAAUUCUGGCCUCAUCCGUCCACACAUUGGAAAUCUGACCUUAUCCGUCAAAACAUUAGAAUUCUUACCUUAUCUUUCGAAACGUUGGAAUUCUGGUCUUAGCUUUCGAAACAUUAGAAUUCUGACCUUAUCUAUCCAAACAUUGGAAUUCUGAUGUUAUCUUCCCAAACAUGGAAAUGCUGACGUUAUUGUCCAAACAUAAGAACUCUUCCCCUAUCUGUCUAAACAUUGCAAUUCAGGCCUUAUCUUUCCAAACAAUGGAAUUCUGACCUUAUCCCUGCAAACAUUGGAAUUCUGAUCUUAUCCUUCCAAAUAUUGCAAUUGUUGCCUUAUCGGUCUAAAUAUUGGAAUUCUGAUUUUAUGUUUCCAAACAUUAAUUCUGACCUUAUCUUUCCAAAAAUUGGAAUUCUGUCCUUAUUCUUCCAAACACUGGAAAUGUUACCUUAUCCGUCGAGACAUUGGAAUUCUGACCUCUCUUUCCACACAUUGGUAUUCUAACCUUAUCUUUCCAAACAUUGGAAUUCUGGCCUUAUCUGCCCUUACAUUGGAAUUCUAAUCUUAUUCGUCCGAACAUUGGAAUUCUGAGCUUAUCUUUCCAAAGAUUGGAAUUCUAACCUUAUCUUUCCAAAGAUUGGAAUUCUAACCUUAUCCUUCCAAACACUGGAAAUCUUGCCUUAUCUGUCAAAACAUUGCAAUUCUGACCAUAUCUUUCCAAACAUUGGUAUUCUAACCGUAUCCUUCCAAACAUUGGAAUUCAGACCUUAUCCUUCCAAACAGUGGAAUUCUGGCUUUAUUUGUCCAAACAUUAUAAUUUUGAUUUUACCUUUCCAAACAUUUGUAUUCUGGCGUUAGCUUUCCAAACAACCGCUCGCUGGAGCCUUUAGAGCACUGAGUACGAAUGGGUAAGUCGGUUGACUUUUGUCAUAUUGUAUAUUGGAAUUCUGAUCUUAUCCUUCUAAGCAUUGGAAUUAUUACCUUGUAUUUCAAAACAUUAAAAUUCUGGUCUUAUCCUUCGAAACACUGGAAUUCUGACCAUAUCCGUCCAAAUAUUAAGAUUUUGGGCUUAUCCUUCCAAACAUUGGAAUUCUGACUAUAUCUUUCCAAACAUUGGAAUUCUAACCUUAUCCUUCCAAACAUUGGAAUUCUGACCUUAUCUGUCCUAGCAUUGUAUUCUGAACUUAUCUGUCCAAACAUUGGGAUUCUCAUCAUAUCUUUCCAAACAUUGGAAUUCUAACCUUAUCCUUCAAACAUUGGAAUUCUGGCCUUAUCUCUCGUACUAUUGGUAUUCUGAACUUAUCCGUCCAGACAUUGGAAUUCUGACCUUAUUUUUCAAAACCUUUGAAUUGUUACCUUAUCAAUCCAAUCACUGGAAUUCUGACUUUAUCUGUCCAAACAUUGGAAUUUUGACCUUAUCCGUCCAAACAUUAGAAUUCUGACCUUAUCUUUCAAAACACUGGAAUUCAGUCCUUUUCUUUCCACACCGUGGAAUUGUGAUCUUAUCCGUCCAAACAUUGGAAUUGUGACCUUAUCUUUCAAAACAUUGGAAUUCUGGCCUUAUUUCUCCUAAAAUUAGAAUUCUGAUCUUAUCCUUCAAAACAUUGGAAUUCUGACCAUAUCCGUCCAAACAUUAGAAUUCUGACCUUAUUCUUCCAAGCACAAGAAUUCUCGCCUUCUCCUUUCAAAUACUGGAUUUCUGGUCUUAUCCCUCCAAGCAUUCGAAUUCUGGCCUUACCCUUCCAAACAUUGGAAUUCUGCUUUUAUCUUUCCAGACAUUGGAAUUCUGGCCUUAUCCUUCCAACCAUUAGAAUUCUGGCCUUAUCUGUCCGUAAAUUGGUAUUUUGAACUUAUCCGUCCAAACAUUGGAAUUCUGACCAUAUCUUUCCAAACAUUGGAAUUCUAACCUUAUCCUUCCAAACAUUGGAAUUCUGGCCUUAUCUGUCCGAACAUUGGUAUUCUGAACUUAUCUGGCCUUAUACCUCCUAGCAUUGGUAUUCUAAACUUAUCCGUCCAGACAUUGGAAUUCUGACCUUAUCUUUGGAAACAUUGUAGUUCUGACCUUAUCUUUCAAAACCUUUGAAUUGUUACCUUAUCAAUCAUAUCAUUGGAAUUCUGACUUUAUCUGUCCAAACAUUGGGAUUCUGACCUUAUCCUUCCAUACAUUGGAAUUUUGGCCUUAUCUGUGCAAACAAUGGAAUUCUGAAUUUGUUUCCAAACAUUGGAAUUUUGGCUUUAUCCGCUCAACGCUUCGAUUUCUCUUGUUAUUCUUCCAAGCACUGGAAUUCUGGCUUUAUCCUUUCAAACCUUGGAAUUCUGGCCGUAUCCUUCCACACAUUAAAAUUCUGGCCUCAUGCGUCCAAACGUUGGAAUUCUGACCUCAUCCUUCCAAACAUUGGAAUUCAGUCCUUUUCUUUCCACACCGUGGAAUUCUGAUCUUAUCUGUCCAAACAUUGGAAUUGUGACCUUAUCUUUCUAAACAUUGGAAUUCUAACCUUGUAUGUCCAAACAUUGGAAUUCUGACCUUAUCCGUCCAAACAUUAGAAUUCUGACCUUAUCCUUCCAAACACUGCCAUUCUCGCCUUCUCCUUUCAAAUAUUGGAUUUCUGGUCUUAUCCCUCCAAACACUCGAAGUCUGGCCUUACCUUUCCAAACAUUGGAAUUCUGAUUUUAUCUUUCGAAACACUGGAAUUCUGGCCUUAUCCAUUUAAAGAUUGUAUUUGUGGUCUUAUCCUUGUAAACAUUAGAAUUCUGACCUUAUCCGUCCAAAUAUUGGAAUUCUAACCUUAUCCUUUCAAGCAUUGGACUUCUGGCUUUACCUGUCCAAACAUCGGAAUUCUGACCUUAUCUUUCUAAACACUGGAAUUCUGGCCUUAUCCUUCCAAACAGUGGAAAUCUUACCCUAUCUGUGCAAAUAUUGGACUUCUGACCUUACCUUUUCAAACACUGGAAUUCUCAUCGUAUCCGUCAACUCAUUGGAAUUUGUUUUUUAUCUUUCCAAACAUUGGAAUUCUGGUGUUAUUUGUCUAGACACUGGAAUUCUGACCUUAUCUUUCCAAACAUUGGAAUUCUGACCUUUUCCUUCCAAAAUUGGAAUUCUGACCUUAUCCUUCCAAACAUAGGAAUAUUGGCUUUAUUUGUCCUAAGAUUUGAAUUCUGAUCUUAACUGUCCAAACAUUAGAAUUCUGACCUUAUCCUUCCAAACUGGAAUUUUGGCCUUAUCUGUCCAAACACUGGAAUUCUGAUCUUAUUCUUCCAAACAUUGGCAUUCUGGCCUUAUCCUUCCAAACAUUGGAAUUGUGGUUUUACCCUUGCAAACAUUGGAAUUCUGACUGUUACAUAUUAAAGCCGUUGCUGAUAGCAACGUGUCCUCUAAAUUCCCUGAAGGGUACUUUUGCAUUUGAGCGCAAUGUUUAAAAUUCAAUUUGAGCUAAUAGUUGACAGGAAGAGAAGAAUUGAGAUAUAGAAACCGAAGACCCAGAGUUUUUUCCAAGUGUUUUUCAUCCUUUAGCGAAUUUCUCAUCAGGAUAUUUGGCCUUUUUCCUUUUUUCAGCGAAUCAUUCUGUUAAUGCUUGUAAUGUAGAAGUGAAAAGAGGUAAUCCGAUUGUGACGCGUGAAUGGUGAAUAAACUAAAAUCGUUAGAAAAUACUGAGACAGUGAGUAUCAAAUGAAUCUUCAAGAACAGCGAAACGACGACAACAUUAUUUGACUAGCGGAACAGAAGAAAGAUCCUGAAGGUCCUGCCUGCGGCGAAAAUAUGGAAGAAUCAGCCGACGAAUUUAAACAUCAAUAGAAAUCCCUUGCUGGCUUCCUCGGUCGAGUGAGCACGUGGAUGAGGAACGCAACUGCAUGCAUCGCGGAUAAGAGAGUCAGCGACUUAGAGAGUGUGCGAAAGGAAUUUAUCAGAAUUAUAUCGUGAAGAACUAGCCAGAAGGCGAACUUGAGCUGUGCCAAUAAGAAUAAAAAGCCCAAACACGACCCUGAGCAGGGCAGGAAAAAAGAACCACUAGGGGAGGGGUGCAAGACGCCUAUGCUGCUCUAAGGACCAUGAGGUUGCUGAGUGUGAGCAAUUUAUAUCUGAUGAAAUUCAAGCUUGGUUGGAUAAAGUUAAGGGGAACAAAUUGUGCCAUGUCUGUUUGAAACCGGGUCAUAUGCGAGGUCGGUGUGAAUCAAGAAUCUUUUGCAGUUCUGGAAGUGACAGGUGACACCACAGAUUGUUGCAUAAUCCCUGUAGACUAAGAGAUGCGAUUGCUACACGGGAUCCCCAUCUGGACAGACAAAGGGAGAUACAGGCAGCACAGGCUGACAUCCAGUACAAGGAUUAAGGAGCGCAAUUUCCUCAAAAUCCAAGAGUGAUGGAAUGGUACUCAACCAUCACAGAAGCUCCUUCAAGAACUGUUUUGGUGCACGUUGUGCAAGUUAAAGUAAUAGCGCCUAGUGGUUCUUCACUGACAACUUACGCAUUACUAGACAGUGCUUCUCGAGAAACUAUUAUCAGCAAGAUAACAGUCCAGCAAACAGUCUGGGUUUCAAAGAACUGCUACAGCUUGUGUGCAUGAGCACUGCUGUAGAUAAAACGAGCUAACAUUUCCAGUUGGUGCGCUUCGAGUUGCAGUCAGCUACAGGGACAGAAGAAAUUAUCAAAGUGGAAGAGGGGCUAGUGUCAAAAAUGUUCAAUAUACCAGAAAGGUGUCUUCCUGACGACAUCGAUAACAGUUGCUAUCCCCACCUGAAAGAUAUAGAUAUUCCCGAGGUUCUGAUCAAGGCUGUCUCCGUUCUCAUAGGAAAGGAUGUACAUUAUGCUCAUGAGGUGUUCGAAGUCCGAAAGCCUAGCUCACCUGACAACCAUAUGAAGACGUUGCGACGCCCUCUGGGGUGGGUUGUGACUGGAGUGGUUGCGGGACACCCUUCCUCCAAGGAGAUCAGUGUGAACUUUACAAACUGCAAAAAGAAUCUGUGUGAAUUAGUUGAAGCUUUCAAGUUAGCACGUGGAUGAGGAACGCAAAUGCAUGCAUCGCGGAUAAGAGAGUCGGUGACUUAGAGAGUGUUUGAAAGGAAUUUAUGAGAAUUGUAUCGUGAAGAACUUGCCAGAAGGCGAACUUGAUCGUGUGAAAGACAGGUACACAGAAAUAGUAGUUCAGUAUGAAGAAUGCACAUUAUUAAUGAUUGUUUAAUGCAAAUGAAGAAAACGAGUACUAAAGGAAAGUCAGUUGAAUCCGCGCCUUCUUUGAAAUGAUCAAGAUUAAACGAUUUAAGAGGGGAUAUCGAAAUGAAAAAGUUAAUAUCAGAGCAAGAGCAAGAACUGGGACAAUUUGAACUUGAGAUGGAGAGAAAGAAAAUUGAACUGGAAUUUGAAAAGAAGAAAAGAGUAUGCGAACUAAAAUUUCCGAUGCAAAUAGCCAAGAAAGAGGCCCAGCUUUUAGAAGAUGAUAGGAGCGAUAGCAGCAGCCAACGCGGUCUUGGGGGUAAAAGUGGUUUCGAGUUUCUACCGACAAUGAGUGAUGAAGAAAAGAUUGAGAAAUGGAGAGCGACCUGUGCCAAUAACAAUAAAAAGCCCAAACAUGACCCUGAGCAGGGCGGGAAAAAAGAACCACUAGGGGAGGGGUGCAAGAUGCCUAAGAACGAAGCUCAAAGGGACAAGCCCGUUUUUGAGGGUAACCAGACUUCAGCUAUCCUGUUGAGCCAACAAUGCUUCAGGGGAUGCACCCUAUUAAAUUCUCAAGAAACCCAAGUGAUUACCCAACCUUCAGAAACAGACUUCGAGAUCAUUUGGAGGAUGGAAUCUUGAAUGAUAGUCAGAAAUUAGAAUUUCUUCCUAAGUUUUUGUCCGGCAAAGCAUAUGAAGUACUCGAGAGAGUCUCGGGAUGUUCUUACGAUUCAAUCCUAAGAAUUUUACACAAGCAUUAUGGUCAGGGAGCCGCUGUCGCUGCCGCGUGUAUAGAAAGUUUGACAAAGGGGCCAAAGCUGCAGAAUAACGGCUGUACUGGUUUACGUAAUUUCGCUGAGCAACUCGAGGCUGCCUCAAAGAAACUUUCCAGGCAUUAUGAACUAGAAGCUAGUACAAUGGUGAACCUGAGACAAAUAGUUACACUCUUACCAAACUAUCUAGUAAAUAAACGGGGAGAAGUUUCAUACAGCAUUCGGGAAAAGGGAAGAAUCCCACGGCUGUCAGAUCUUUCAAAGUUUGUCAGGCGCCAGGCAGCAAUUAAAAAUGAUUCAUGAUUUGCCACUGACAAGAAGCCGGAAAGGCAAAAUGGAAGGAGUAUCAAGGGGCCGACUUCAAAUUCAAGAGGGCACAGGAAUGCGUUUCAUACAGACCUCAAAGACGGAAGCUUAAGCAUUAAUUAUCAGAACCCUGAGAAAUGCAACCUUAGGCGAUGCUUGCGCUGCUCUAAGGACCAUGAGCUUGCUGAGUGUGAGCAAUUUAUACCUGAUGAAAUUCAAGCUCGGUUGGAUAUAGUUAAGCAGAACAAAUUGUGCCAUGUCUGUUUGAAAUCGGGUCAUAUGUGAGGUCGGUGUGAAUCGAGAAUCUUUUGCAGUUCUGGAAGUGACAGACCACACCACAGAUUGUUGUUUCAUCCCUUUAGACUAAGAGAUGCCAUUACUGCACAGGAUCCCCAUCUGGACAGACAAAGGGAGAUACAGGCAGCACAGACCGACAUCCAGUACAAGGAUCAAGGAACGCAAUUUCCUCAAAAUCCAAGAGCGAUGGAACAGUACGCGACCAACACAGAAGCUCCUUCAAGAACUGUUUUACUACACGUUGUGCAAGUUAAAGUAAUAGUGCCGAGUGGUUCUUCACUAACAACUUACGCAUUACUAGACAAUGCUUCUAGAGGAACUAUUAUCAGCAAGAUAACAGUCAAGCGAACAGUCUGGGUUUCAAAGGACUGCCACAGCUUGUGUGCGUGAACACUGUUGUAGAGAAAACGAGCUAACAUUUCCAGUUGGUGCGCUUCGAGUUGCAGUCAGCUACGGGGGCAAGAGAAAUUAUCAAAGUAGAAGAGGGGCUAGUGUCAGAAAAGUUCAAUAUACCAGAAAGGUGUCUUCCUGAGGACAUUGAUAACAGUUGCUAUCCCCACCUGAAAGAUAUAGAUAUUCCCGAGGUUCAGGUCAAGGCUGUCUCUAUUCUCAUAGGAAAGGAUGUAGAACAUGCUCAUUAGGUGUUCGAAGUCCAAAAGCCUAGCUCACCUGACAACUGUCUGAAGACGUUGCAAGGCCCUCUGGGGUGGGUUGUAACUGGAGUGGUUGCGGGACACCCUUCCUGCAAGGAGAUCAGUGUGAACUUUACAAACUGCAAAAAGAAACUGUGUGAAUUAGUUGAAGCUUUCUGGAAGUUAGAAGCCUUUGGUAGGCAAGGUGCCCCUGAGGGUGAACAAGUUAACAGGCUAUCAACACCGCAUAACUGGUCCAUGGAAGAUAUAAAGCACAACUAGGUUGUCUGACGGGCGUUAUGAGACAGGUCUGUUGUGGCGUAAUGAAGACGUCUGGUUACUCAACAACCAUUGUGAAGCAGAGAGGAGAAAGUGCAGCCUGAAAAGGAGAGUCUCUAGAGACCCGGAUCUCGAGCAGAGAUACCGUGCAGUGAUGAAGAAUACAUCGGCAAGAGUUAUGCCCGUAAGCUCUCACCGGAAGAAGCUGAUCACCUAAGUGAAAAAGGUGGCAGCAAGCACAAUUGCUGGCCAAUGACUAUUGGAGACACUGGCUUAAAGAGUACGUACCAACUUUGCAGGAAAGACCCAAGAGGCAACAGAAAAAAAGGAACCGUCAAGUCUGAGACUUUGUUCUUGUGGCUGAUGAUAACGUUGCAAGGAACCAGUGGACCUUGGGACGAAUUGAAAACUUGUUUCCCAGAGCGGAUGGAUUCAUGAGACUGUGGAAGUGCAGGCAAACGGAGCAACACUUAAACGGCCAGUGACCAAGUAGUGCUUAUAAGAAGGAGUAAAUGAUGAAUAGGGAUGAACUUUAAAGAACAUUGUAUGAACCUGAACGAAAUCCGUUGCCAAUAGCAAGGCAUCCCCUAAAUUCCCUGAUGGGUACUUUUGCAUUCAAGUGUGAUGUUUAAAAUUCAGUUUGAGCUAGCAGUUGACAUGAAGAGAAGAAUAUUGAGAUGUAAAAACCGAAGACCCGGAGAAAAUUCACCCUAGUGUAAGUACUUUUUUCCAACAGUUUUUCAUCCUUUAGCAAAUUUCUCAUCAGGAUAUUUGCCUUUUUCCUUUUUCCACGAAUCUUUCUGUUAGUCAUUCUGUUAAUGCUCAUAAUGUAGAAGUGGAAAGAGGCGAGCCCGAUUUUGACACGUGAAUGGUGAACAAACUUGAAUUGUUAGAAAAUACUGAGACACUGAGUAUCAAAUGAAUCUUCAAAAACAGCGAAGCGACGACAACACUGACCUUACCCUUCCAAACAUUGCAAUUCUUACCUUUUCUGUCAAAACAUUGGAAUUCUGAUUUUAUCUUUCCAAACGUUAGAAUUUUCGCCUUCUCUGUCGAAACCUUGGAAUUCUAACCUUAUCUUUCCAAACAUUGGAAAUCUUACUUAAUCUGCCCAAACAUUGGAAUUCUGGCGUUAUCUUUCCAAACAUGGCAAUUCUCACCUUAUCCUUCCAAACAUUGGAAUUCUCACCUUAUCUUUCCAAACAUUGGAAUUCUGACCUUAUCCUUCCAAACAUUGGAAAUCUUACCUCCUCUGUCCAAACAUUGGAAUUCUGACCUUAUCCUUCCAAAGAUUGAAAUUCUUCCUCUGUUUGUCCUAACAUUGGAAUUCUUACCUUAUCUUUCCAAACAUUGGAAUUCAGACCUUAUCUUUUCGCACCUUGGAAUUUUUACCUUAUCCGUCCAAACAUUGGAAUUCUGACCUUCUCCUUCCAGCUACUGGAAUUCUGGCCUUAUCUGUCCAAACAUUGGAAUUUUUAUUUUAUCUUUCCAACAUUAGAAUUCUGGCCUUAACUGUCCAAACAUUGGAAUUCUAAGCUUAUCCUUCCAGACAUUGGAAUUCUGGCCUUAUCUGUCCUAACAUUGAUAUUCUGAACUUAUCCGUCCAAACAUUGGAAUUCUGACCUUAUCUUUGCAAAUAUUGGAAUUGUAACCUAAUAUUUCAAAACCUUUAAAUUCUGACCUUAUCCUUCCGUACAUUAGAAUUCUGGCCUUAACUGUCCAAACAUUGGAAUUCUAAGCUUAUCCUUCCAAGCACUGGAAUUCUGCCUUUAUCCUUUGAAACAUUGGAACUCUGACCUUAUCCUUUCACACAUUAAGAAUGUGGCCUUAUGUGUCCAGACAUUGAAAUUCUGACCUUAUCCGUCCAGACAUUAGAAUUCUGACCUUAUCCGUCCAAACAUUAGAAUUCUGACCUUAUCCUUCCAAACAUUGGAAUUAAGUCCUUUUCUUUCCACACGGUGGAAUUCUGAUCUUAUCCGUCCAGACAUUGGAAUUCUGACCUUAUCUUUCCAGACAUUGGAAUUCUGACCUUAUCAUUCCAAACAUUGGAAUUCUGCCCUUAUCCUUGCAAACAUUAGAAUUCUGACCUUAUUUUUCCAAACAUUAGAAUUCUGACCGUUGCUUUUCAAAGAUUGGAAUUCGGACCUUAUCCCCCCCAAAACAUUGGAAUUCUGGCCUUAUCCUUUCAAACAUUAAAAUUCUGGCCUUAUCCUUUCAAACAUUAAAAUUCUGGCCUUAUCCUUGAAAACAUUAGAAUUCUGGUCUUAUCUGUCCAAACAUUAGUGUUCUGGCCUUUUCCCUCCAAACAUUAGACUUCUGGCCUUAUCCCUCGAAACAUUACAAUUCUGGCCUUAUCUUUCCAAACAUUAGAAUUCUGGCCUUAUCCCUCCAAACAUUAGAACUCUGGCCUUGUCCCUCCAAACAUUAGAACUCUGGCCUUAUCUUUCCGGACAUUAGAAUUCUCUCCUUAUCCUUCCAAACAUUGGAAAUCUGGCGUUAUCUGUCCAAACAUUUGAAGUCUGAGCAUAUCCGUCCAAACAGUGGGAUUUUGGCCUUAUCGUUCCAGACAUUGGAAUUCUGACCUUAUCCCUCCAAACAUUAGAAUUCUGACCUUAUCCUUCCAAACAUUUUUAAUUCUCGCCUUAUCCUUCCAAACAUUAUAAUUCUGACCUUAUCCUUCCAAACAUUAGAAUUGUGGCCUUAUCUUUCCAAACAUUAGAAUUUUGGCCUUACCCCUUCAAACAUUUGAAUUUUGGCCUUAUCCCUCCAAACAUUAGAAUUCGGGCGUUAUCUUUCCAAACAUUAGAAUUCUGGCCUUAUCCUUCCAAACAUUAGAAUUCUGACCUUAUCCCUCCAAACAUUAGAACUCUGGCCUUAUCUCUCCAAAGAUUAGAAUUCUGGCCUUAUUCCUUCAAAGAUUGGAAUUCUGACCUUAUCUUUCCAAAUAUUAGAAUUCUCUCGUUAUCCCUCGAAACAUUAGAAUUCUGACCGUAUCCUUCCAAACAUUGGAAUUCUGACCUUAUCCUUCCAACUACUGGAAUUCUGGCCUUAUCUGUCCAAACAAUGGAAUUCUUAUUUUAUCUUUCCAAACGUUAGAAUUCUGGCCUUAACUGUCCAAACAUUGGAAUUCUGACCGUUUCUUUCCAAACAUUGGAAUUUUGACCUUAUCCUUCCAAACACUGGAAGUCUUACCCUAUCUGUCCGAACAAUGGAAUUCUUAUUUUAUCUUUCCAAAUAUUACAAUUCUGGCCUUAACUAUCCAAACAUUGGAAUUCUGACCUUUUCUUUCCAAACAUUGGCAUUUUGACCUUAUCCUUCCAAACAUUGGAAGUCUUACCUUAUCUGUCGGAACAAUGGAAUUCUUAUUUUAUCUUUUCAGCCAUUAGAAUUCUGGUCUUAACUGUCGAAACAUUGGAAAUCUAACCUUAUCCUUCCAAACAUUGCAAUUCUGGCCUUAUCUGUCCUAACAUUGAUAUUCUGAACUUAUCCGUCCAAACAUUGGAAUUCUGACCUUAUCUUUGCAAAUAUUGGAAUUCUAACCUAAUCUUUCAAAACCUUUAAAUUCUUACCUUAUCAAUCCAAACAUUGGUAUUCUGACCUUAUCUGUCCAAACAUUGGGAUUCUGACCUUAUCCUUCCAUACAUUGAUAUUUUGGCUUUAUCUGUCCAAAGACUGGAAUGCUGAAUUUAUGAUUCCAAACAUUGGAAUUUGGGCUUAUCCGUUCAAAGCUUGGAUUUCUCUUCUUAUCCUUCCAAGCACUGGAAUUCUGCCUUUAUCCUUUCAAACAUUGGAACUCUGACCUUAUCCUUUCACACAUUAAAAAUGUGGCCUUAUGUGUCCAGACAUUGAAAUUCUGAUCUUAUCCGUCCAAACUUCAGAAUUCUGACUUUAUCCUUCCAAACAUUGGAAUUCAGUCUUUUUCUUUCCACACGGUGGAAUUCUGAUCUUAUCGGUCCAAACAUUGGAAUUCUGACCUUAUCCUUCAAAACAUUGGAAUUCUGGCCUUAUUUCUCCUAAAAUUAGAAUUCUGAUCUUAUCCUUCAAAACAUUGGAAUUCUGGCCUUGUCUGUUCAAACAUUGGAAUUCUGACCUUAUCCGUCCAAACAUUAGAAUUCUGACCUUAUCCUUUGAAACACCGGAAUUCUCGCCUUGUCCUUUCAGAUAUUGGAUUUCUGGUUUUAUCCCUCCAAACAUUGGAAUUCUGAUUUUAUCUUUCCAAACACUGGUAUUCUGGCCUUAUCCAUUUAAAGAUCGGAUUUGUGGUCUUAUCUGUCCAAACAUUGAAAUUCUGACCUUAUCUUUGCAAACAUUGGAAUUCUAACGUUAUGUUUAAAAGCCUUUAAAAUUCUUACCUUAUCAAUCCAAACAUUGGAAUUCUAACCUUACCUGGUUAAACAUUGGGAUUCUGACCUUAUGUCUCCAUACAUUGGUAUUUUGGCCUUAUCUGUCCAAACACUGGAAUUCUGAAUUUAUGUUUCCCAACAUUGGAAUUCUGGGCUUAUCCAUUGAAAGCUUGGAUUUCUCUUCUUAUCCUUCCAAGCACUGGAAUUCUGGCUUUAUUCUUUCAAACAUUUGAACUCUGACCUUAUCCUCCCACACUUUGAAAUUCUGACCUUAUCCGUCCAAGCAUUAGAAUUCUGACCUUAUCCUUCCAGAGAUUGGAAUUCUGGUCUUAUCUGUCCUAACAUUGAUAUUCUGAACCUAUCCAUCCAAACAUUGAAAUUCUGACCUUAUCUUUGCAAACAUUAAAAUUCUAAGCUUAUCUUUCAAAACCUUUGAAUUCUUACCUUAUUAAUCCAAACAUUGGAAUUCUGGCCUUAUCUGUGCAAACAUUGGGAUUCUGACCUUAUCUUUCCAUACAUUGAUAUUUUUGGCCUUAUCUGUCCAAACAUUGGAAUUCUGGGCUUAUCCAUUCAAAGCUUGGAUUUCUCUUCUUAUCCUUCCAAGCACUGGAAUUCUGGCUUUAUCCUUUGAAACAUUGGAACUCUGACCUUAUCCUUUCACACAUUAAAAUACUGGCCUUAUGUGUCCAAACAUUGAAAUUCUGACCUUAUCCGUCCAAACAUUAGAAUUCUGACCGUUAUUUUUCCAAACAUUCGAAUUCUCACCUGAUCCUUCAAAACAUUGGAAUUCUGGCCUUAUUUCUCCUAACAUUAGAAUUGUGAUUUGUGGAAUUCUGGCCUUGUCUGUCUCAACACUGGAAUUCUGAACUUAUCCGUCGAAACAUUAGAAUUUUGACCUUAUCCUUCCAAAUACUGGAAUUCUUGCCUUCUCCUUACAAACAGUGGAUUUCUUGUCUUAUCCCUCGAAACGUUAGAAUUCUGGCCUUACCCUUCAAAGCAUUGGAAUUCUGAUUUUAUCUUUCCAAACAUUGGAAUUCUGGCCUUAGCUGCCGAAACAUUGUAAUUGUGAGCUUAUCUUUCCAAACAUUGGAAUUCUGACCUUAUCCAUUCAAAGAUUGGAUUUCUGGUGUUAUCGUUGCAAACAUUAGAAUUCUGCCCUUAUCCGUCCAAAGACUGGAAUUCUGACCUUAUCUGUCCAAAGACUGGAAUUCUAACCUCAUCCUUUCAAGCACUGGACUUCUGGCUUUACCUGUGCAAACAACGGAAUUCAGACCUUAUCUUUCUAAACAUUGGAGUUUUGUCCUUAUCCUUCCAAACAUUGGAAACCUUAUCCUGUCUGUGCAAACAUUAGAAUUCUGACCUUACCUUUCCAAACAUUGGAUUCUUAUCUUAUCUGUCAACACAUUGGAAUUCUUAUUUUAUCUUUCCAAACAUUGGAAUUCUGUCCUUAUCUGUCCAGACAGUGGAAUUCUGACCUUCUCUUUUCAAACAUUGGAAUUCUGACCUUUUCCUUCCAAACAUUUUAAUUCUGACCUUAUCCUUCCAAGCACUGGAAUUCCGGCUUUAUUUGUCCUAACAUUUGAAUUCUGAUCUUAUCCGUCCAAACACUGGAACUCUGACCUUAUCCUUCGAAACACUGGAACUCUCCCCUUAUCUGUCUAAACAUUGAAAUUCUCAUUUUAUCUUUCUAAACAUUGGAAUUCUUGCCUUAUUAUUCCAAACAUUGGACUUGUGAUCUUAUCUUUCCAAUUAUUUAAAUUCUGAUCUUAUCCUUACAAACAUUGGAAAUCUUACCUUAUCUGUCGAAACAUUGGAAUUCUGACGCUAUGUUUCCAAACAUUGGAGUUCUUGCCUUAGUUCUCCAAACAUUUGAAUUUUGAUCUUAUCAAUCCAAACAUUGGAAUUCAGACCUUAUCUUUCCAAGUUGUUAAAUUUUCGCCUUUUCUGUCCAAACAUUAGAAUUCUGACGUUAUCCUUGCAAACAUUAGAAUUCUGGCUCUAGCUGUGAAAGAUUGCAAUUCUGAUUUUAUCUUUCCAAAGAUUGGAAUUCUGGCCUUAACUGUCGAAACAUCUGAAUUCUGUCCUUAUCUUUGCAAAUUAUUGAAUUUUCGCCUUAUCUGUCCAAACAUUAGAAUUCUGGCCUUAUCUUUCCAAACAUUAGAAUUCUGGCGUUACCCCUUCAAACAUUUGAAUUUUGGCGUUAUCCCUCCAAACAUUACAAUUCUGGCCUUAUCUUUCCAAACAUUGGAAUUUUGGCCUUAUCUUUCCAAACAUUGGAAUUCUGGCCUUAUCUUUCCAAACAUUGGUAAUCUGUCCUUAUGUUUGCAGACAUUGGUAUUCUGUCCUUAUCUUUCCAAACAUUAGAAUCCUGACCUUAUCCCCCUAAAACAUUGGAAUUCUGGCCUUAUCCUUUCAAACAUUAAAAUUCUGGCCUUAUCCUCCCAAACAUUAGAAUUCUGGCCUUAUCAUUCGAAGCAUGAGAAUUGUGGCCUAAUUUGUCCAAAGAUUAGAAUUCUGGCCUUAUCCUUGCAAGCAUUAGAAUUCUGGUCUUAUCUGUCCAAACAUUAGUGUUCUGGCCUUAUUCCUCCAAACAUUAGACUUCUGGCCUUAUCCCUCGAAACAUUACAAUUCUGGCCUUAUCCCUAGAAAGACUGGAAUUCUGACCUUAUCUUUCCAAACAUUAGAAUUCUCUCCUUAUCCUUCCAAACAUUGGAAUUCUGGUCUUAUCCUUCCAAACACUGGAAAUGUGGCCAUAUCUGUCCAAACAUUGGAAGUCUGAGCAUAUCCGUCCAAACAGUGGGAUUUUGGCCUUAUCGUUCCAGACAUUGGAAUUCUGACCUUGUCUUUCCAAACAUUUGAAAUCCUACCUUAUCUCUGCAAACACUGGAAUUCUGAUCUUCCCUUUCCAAACAUUGGAAUUCUGAUUUUACUUUUCUAGACAUUAGAAUUCUGACCUUAUCCUUCGAAACAUUGGAAUUCUCUCCUUAUUUGGAAUUGUGGCCUUAACUGUGAAAACAUUGGAAUUCUGACCUUAUCCUUCCAAACAUUGGAAUUCUGACCUUAUCUUUCCAAACAUUGUAAUUCUGACCUUAUCCUUCCAAACAUUAGAAUUCUUGCCUUAUCUUUCCAAACAUUGGAAUUCUGGCCUUAUCUUUCCAAACAUUGGUUUUCUGUCCUUAUCUUUGCAAACAUUGGUAUUCUGUCCUUAUCUUUCCAAAUGUUAGAAUUCUGAGCGUAUCUUUUCAAAGAUUGGAAUUCUGACCUUAUCCCUUCAAACAUUAAAAUUCUGGCCUUAUCCUUCCAAACAUUAGAAUUCUGGCCUUAUUCCUUCAAACAUUUGAAUUCUGGCCUUUUCCCUCCAAACAUUAGAACUCUGGCCUUAUCCCUCCAAACAUUAGAAUUCUGGCCUUAUGCCUUCAAAGAUUGGAAUUCUGACCUUAUCUUUCCAAACAUUAGAAUUCUUUCCUUAUCCCUCCAAACAUUAGAAUUCUGUCCCUUUCUUUCCAAACAUUAGAAUUCUGACCGUAUCCCUUCAAACAUUAGAAUUCUGUCCCUUUCUUUCCAAACAUUAGAAUUCUAACCGUAUCCUUCCAAACAUUAGAAUUCUGGUCUUAUCUUUCCAAACAUUAGAAAUCUGGCCUGAUCCCUUCAAUCAUUAGAAUUCUGGCCGUAUCCCUUCAGACAUUUGAAUUCUGCCCUUAUCGCUCCAAACAUUAGAAUUCUGGCCUUAUUUUUCCAAACAUUAGAAUUCUGGCCUUAUCCCUUCAAAGAUUGGAAUUCUGUCGUUAUCUUUCCAAACAUUAGAAUUCUGACCGUAUCCUUGCAAACAUUGGAAUUCUGACCUUUUCCCUCCAAACAUUGGAAUUCUGACCUUAUCGUUUCAAACAUUGGAAUUCUGACCUUAUCGUUUCAAACAUUGGAAUUCUGGUCUUAUCUUUCCAAACAUUAGAAUUCUGGCCUUACCUUUCCAAACAUUAGAAUUGUGGGCUUAUCUUUCGAAACACUGGAAUUCUGGCCUGAUCUUUCUAAACAUUGGUAUUCUGACCUUACUUUUCGAAACAUUUUAAUUCCGAAUGUCAGGACUCCAAGCAUAUGAAUUCUGAGUGUCAUUAAGUGACGAGUGCCUUUACAUUAGAAUUCUGGCCUUAUCCCUUUAAAGAUUGGAAUUCUGACCUUAUCUUUUCAAACAUGAGAAUUCUGUCCUUAUCCCUCCAAACAUUGGAAUUCUGUCCUUAUCUUUCCAAACAUUAGAAUUCUGGCCUUAUACUUCUAAACAUUGGAAUUCUGACAUUAUCCCUCCAAACAUUGGAAUUCUAACCUUAUCCUUCGAGACAUUUUUAAUUUUGACCUUAUCCUUUUGAACGUUGGAAUUCUGGCCUUAUCUUUCCAAACAUUAGAAGUCUGGCCUUAUCUUUCAAAACAUUGGAAUUCUGGCUUUAUAUUUUCAAACAUUGGAAUUCUGGCGUUAUCUUUCCAAACAUUGGUAUUCUGUCCUUAUCUUUCCAAACAUUAGAAUUCUGACCGUAUCUUUUCAAAGAUUGGAUUGCUGACCUUAUCCCCCCAAACACUGGAAUUCUGACCUUAUCCUUCCAACCACUGGAAUUUUGGCGUUAUCUUUCCAAACAUUACAAUUCUGGUCUUCCCUUUCCAAACAUUGGAAUUCUGGCCUUAUCUUUUGAAACACUGGUAUUCUGUCCUUAUCUUUCCAAAUAUUAGAAUUGUGGCCUUAUCCUUCCAAACGUUGGAAUUCUGACCUUACUUUUCCAAACAUUUUAAUUCCGAAUGUCAGAACUGCAAGCAUAUGAACUCCGAGUGUCAUUACUCCAAGCAUGUGAAUUUCGAAUGUCAUUGCUCCAAACAUUUGAAUUCCAAAUGUCAUCAUUUCAAACAUGUGAUUUCCGAAUGCGAUUAUUCCAAAAUUUCAAUUGUGAAUGUCAUCACUCCAAAAAUUUUAAUUCCGAAUGUCACCAUUCUAAAUAUUUGAAUUUGGAAUGUCAUCAUUUUAGCAUUUGAAUUUCGAAUGUCUUCAUUCCAAACAUUUGAAUUCCGAAUGUUAUUACUCCAAACAUUUGAAUUCCGAAUGUCAUCACUCAAAAGAUUUGAAUUCCCUCCUUCAUUUUUCCAAAUAUUUGAAUUUCGACUGCCAUCACUCGAAACAUUUGAAUUCCGAAUGUCAUCAUUUCAAACAUAUGAAUUCUGAUGUUAUCCUUCCAAACAUUUGAAAUCUGAAUGUUGUCACUACAAGCGUUUGAAUUCCGAAUGUCUUCUGUCCAAGCAUUUUACUGCUGAAUGUCAUCCGUCCAAACAUUUAAAUUCCGAAUAUCAUCAUUUCAAGCAUUUGAAUUCCAAAUGUCAUCUUUCCAAACAUUUGAAUUCCAAAUAUCAUUAUUUCAAACAUGUGAUUUCCGAAUGGGAUUAUUCCAAACAUUGGAAAUAUGAAUUUCAUCACUCCAAAAAUUUUCAUUUUGAAUGUUACCAUUCCAAAUGUUUGAAUUUGGAAUGUCAUCAUUUUAAGCAUUUGAAUUUCGAAUGUCAUCAUCUUAAGCAUUUGAAUUUCGAUUGUCUUCAUUCCAAACAUUUGAAUUCCGAAUGUCAUUACUCCAAACAUUUGAAUUCCGAAUGUCAUCACUCAAAAGAUUUGAAUUCCCAACUUCAUCUUUCCAAAUAUUUGAAUUUCGAAUGUUAUCACUCCAAACAUUUGAAUUCCGAAAGUCAUUUUUUCAAACAUUUGAAUUCCGAUGUUAUCCUUCCAAACAUUUGAAUUCUGAAUGUUGUCACUACAAGCGUUUGAAUUCCGAAUGUCUUCUGUCCAAGCAUUUUACUGCUGAAUGUCAUCCGUCCAAACAUAUAAAUUCCGAAUAUCAUCAUUUCAAGCAUUUGAAUUCCAAAUGUCAUCUUUCCAAACAUUUGAAUUCCGAAUGUUGUCACUACAAGCGUUUGAAUUCCGGAUGUCACCUGUCGAAGCAUUUCACUUCUGACUGUCGUCUGUCCAAACAUUUGAAUUCCGAAUGUCAUCACCCCAAAAAUUUGAAUUCCGAAUUUCAUGACUCCAAGCAUCUGAAUGCCGGAUGUCAUCACUCCAAAAAUUGGAAUUACAAAUGUUUUAUAGUUCUUUUCCAGGUAGGUCUAUCGUUGACACCCUCCUGUUGUCAGUGAAGAUUGAUGUCUCUUCAUUUCAUGUUUCUCUUUGGAACACCUUUGAACCCUAAACUAGGUUUCCCUUGAUCACUCAUUCCCAAACAGAGUUAAGAGUUCUACAGCUGUUUUGAUAGUCUGUUGUUAACCAUUCUAUGCACUUACCAGGCCAUCUGAGAUUUUUCUCGCUGAGAACAGUCUCAUUGAUGUUAGUACUGUGUGGCAGAUAAUUUCCACAUUCGUGAUCUUUUUCUUCUAGGGUACGUUCAUUUUGACUGUUAGACGCUCAUCAUGUAAGCAGGGAUCUUCAUCACUUGUCUCUGAUAUAUAGUCUAUGUUUCAGACCAUACAGGAGUGAAGAGGGGACAACGGCCUGAAAGACCUUGCAGUUGACUUUGUUUUAGUGACAUGUUGGUUUUCCUUUUGCUGUCAUGUAGUUUUCCAAAAGUAGCACUUGCAUUUCCCACCCUGUAUCUGAGUUCACUGUCUAAGCUAGCGUUGUUGCAGAUAGUGCUUCCUAGGUAUUUGAAGUCGAACAACCGCACUAAGGCCUCUUGAUUGAUGGUUGUGUUUGUUGGCUCAGGAACUGAUGUAGGUUUUGCAUUGGUAGGUAUAAGCAUCAGUGUGACUUUGGAUGUAGAUACCGUCCCCAACACCAUCAAAAGUUACUUCUAGCAUUGCGGUUAUUUAGAGAGAGAACAGUGUUGCAGCAAGCACACUAUCUUGCUUGACACCAUUGAUGACUGCAAAUUCUUUGGAGAUAUGGUUUCCUUGAGCCCCAUGUGCUUGCAUUUCGUUGUGCAGUGUCUUCACCGGAUUGAUAAAUUUAGAAGGACAUUGAUACUUUCCGAGCACUUUCCUCAGGCCCUGAUGAGACAGUGUAUCAAAAGCCAUCUUGUUUGGUGUCCCAUAACUUCUCAUGAUAUUCAAUAGACUUUCUCUGUGUCGAGAAUCAAAGACUUUUUCAAAGUCCACAAAUUGUGCAUACAGACUUGCCCUCCACUCAUUUGCCUGCUCUAAGAUGUUUCCAAGUAUAAAGGUCUGUUCAGUUGUACUUCUCUUCAGUGGAAACCCAGCCUUCUCCUUUCUUGGUCCGCCUAACAGCGACCUUCCUGUUGUUACAUUUGUGCAAAUCACCUUUCUUGAAUACCUUGACAAAAACUCCCUUCUUCCACACUUUCGGCCACCUCUCAUUUUCCUAAAGCCUGUUGUAACAUCUAGUCAGCGUACUUGCAGUGUCUUCAAUGUCAGCUCUCAGUUACCCGGGACACACCUCAUCUACUCCAGCCACUUUCCCUGGCUUUGUCCCUUUCAUUACAUCCUUGACCUCUUGUUAUCGCGAUCUUCCUAGAUCUAUUUCCUCAAUCUCUUCUGAUUCUACUGUCUUAUCUUCUUUCACAGGAUUUGAAAGGAUUUGUUGAGUCAUCUCUGUUUAAUAUUUCACUAAAGUGCUCCACCCAUCUCUGUAGUCUUUCUCGUGUUCCAGUCCUAAGGACCCCUUUUUUGGCUUUAACACCUACUUCUCGUCUCUGCCAUUCUCCUGUUAUUGACUUGGUAAUGCUGAACAGCUCCUUGAAUAGUUCCUACCUUUCGCAGCAGCCUUUUCCUCUGUUGCAGCCCUCUUCUCUAACCAAUUUCUCCAAUCUUCCCUAGCACUCCUUUUCACUUCAGUGUUUUUCGCAUUAUACUUCCCUCUUCAUCUCUGUUUCAGUCGUUCCGAUCUUGCGCCCUCCAUUUUCAAUUUUGCCUCUUUCCUCUCCUUGAUCUUUUCCCAUGUUUUGUACAAUUUUUUCUUAUUCAUGGCUUAGAAAGUUUCUGUAUGUUGACAAAAUCUCACCGUGUCUUGCCUCCGAAUACUCUAUGUCUCCUAAAGCUUUAAUACUAUUCCUCAACUCAAUGUUCUAUCUGUACCUGAUCUCUUCACUUUGCAGUUUACUUAGGUCAAACCUUUACCUUACAUUCUUUCCUCCUUCAGGCCUUGCCAACUUUAGACUUAUUCUGGUUCUCACAAGGUAAUGGUCACUGUAUACGUCUGCUCGUCUCAUUACUCUGGUGUCUAAGAUGGUUCUCAUCUUUCCAUACUCUAAAAUAUAGUCAAUCUGGUUUACUCUCCUGCCAUCUGGUGACCUACAGGUCAGCCUUAAUAUGUCUUUUUGAGGCAAGAUUGUUCUUGUUAUGAUUAACCCACUUGUACUUCAAAAGUCACAUGACCUCUCCAUUGUCAUUUCCGUUAUGUAAUUUUACAAAAGUAGCAUUUACAUUUCCCGCCCUGUUUCUGAGUUUACUGUCUGGGCUAGCGUUGUUGGAGACUGUUUCCUAGGUAUCUGAAGUGGGUACACUGUACCAGGGCCUCUUGAUUGAUUGUUAUGGUUGUUGGGUCAGCAGCUGGAUCUAGGUGUUGCAUUGGCCGGUAAAGUACUCAGUUUUCUUGAUGUUGAUGUUGAGGCCAAAUUGGGAGGCAGCUCUGGCGAUCCUGUCCAAUAGACUCUGAAUGUCACCAACACUGUGGGCAACUAUAGCACUAUCACCUGCAAACAGCAUUUCCCUCACUAGGAUCUGGGUUGUGCGUGACAUCAAACAGGUCAGGAUUAGCAUUAGUUUGGAUGUAGAUACUGUUCCCAACACCGUCAAAGGCUACUUCUAGCAUUGCUGUUCGGUAGAGAGAGAACGGUGUCGGAGCAAGCACACUACCUUGUUUCACAUCAACCGGUGACUGCAAAUUCCUCGAAGAUGUAUUUUCUUGAGCCACAUGUACCUGCAUUUUGUCGUGCAGUGCCUUCACCAGAUUGAUAAAUUUAGAAGGACAUUCACACUUUCGGAACACUUUUCAUAGGCCCUCAGGAAACACUGUAUCAAAAGCCUUUGUUAAGUUCGAUAAAAACGGCAUCAUUAUCAUCAUGUAUCACCGUGCCAAAAGGCACAUAAGGCCUCCCUGCUGUCUGACUCGUGCAACCACUUUGGUUACUUCCCAACUCUUCCACUCUGUUUUGUUGUUUCGCUCUUGCUGAACAGCCCUUCUGCAAGUAGUUUUUGGACUUCCUCUCGCCCUCCGGCCUUAUGGUGUCCACCCUACUGCUGUAAAGUAGUCAUUCACGGCCCCUCUUCUAAGUAUGUGACCUAGCCAGUUCCACUUUCAUCGUCAUAAUUUACAACUUGUGGCAUUGGUCCCUGCCAACUCAACCACUCUCUUUGUUUGUUAUUCUCUGCUGCCAUCUAAUCGGUACUAUCUGUCUCACGCACUGGCUUCCAUCUAUCGGUCUAGGUGAUCUUCCAAGAUUCUCAGCCAUAUAGCAGGACCGGUCAAACUUAAGUUUUGAACAGAUGUAUCUUGGUUCUCCUCUAUUUGCUCAGGCCCUCCUUAGUCCUUGGAAUGCACCAUGUGCCUCUGCUACGUCCACCCUCCUUGUCGGCAAUAGCACUCAGGUAUGUAAAACUCCUCAACGUCUUCCACUUCUUCACCGUCAACCACAAUGUUCUCCCUGCUUCUAGCACAAUCAGUCCCUAGUGUCUUGCAUUUUCUCGCAUCAAGUUUGCUUGCUACUCUGGCUGCUUCCUUGGCCAAUCUUUCAGUCUUCUCGUGCAUUCAUUGAACUUAGAUGACAGUGGUGCAAUGUCAUCUGCGAAAUCUCAAGGUCCUCCAGCACUUUUGUCAGAUUCCACCUUAUCGCUCUUAUCUGCUUUGCCUUUCUCAUGACCCAGUCCAAGACAGUAAGAAUAGGAAUCCUGACAUCAUGCACCCCAUUUUAACUCCAUAUUUGAUUGUGAGCCGGUACGAUGUCACACUCCUGUCAACGACUGCACAAGCUAAACCCAUGUAAAUGCCUCCUAUCACUUUCGCCGUCUUGUCUGGUAUCCCAUUUCUUCUCAUGAUAUUCCCUAGGCUUUCUAUGUGUACAUAGUCAAAGGCUUUUUCGAAGUCCAGAAAGUGCGUAUACAGACACGCCCUCCACUCAUUUGCCUGCUCUAAGAUGUUUCUAAGUAUAAAGAUCUUUUCAGUUAUACUUCUCUUGGCUGGAAACCCAGCCUGUUCCUUUCGAAGUUUCUUGUCUAUGCCUUUCUUGGUCCACCUAACAGCGUCCUCAAGAAUAUCUUUUUAAUGGCGGGUAGUGAAGUCACUCCUCUUCCGUUGUUACAUUCGUACAAAUCACCUUUCUUGAAUACCUUUACAACAAGUCCCUUCUUCCACACUUUCGGCCACCUCUCAUUUUCCCAAAACCUGUUGUAACAUCUUUUCGUUUCUCCUCUCUUCCCUAGCACUCCGUUUCACUUCAGUGUUUUUCGCAUUAUACUUCUCUCUCCAUCUGUUUCAGUCAUUUCGAUCUUUUACCCUCUAUUUUCAGUUUCGCCUCUUUCCUCUCCUUGAUUUUUUCCCACGGUUUGUUUCCUAUCCAUGGCUUACUGUAUGUUGACAAAAUCAUAAUGGUCCUUGCUCCGGAUCCUCUGUCUCCUAAAGCUUCAAACCUAUUCCUCAAGUCAAUAUUGUAUCUCUACCUGAUCUCUUCACUUUGCAGUUUACUUAUGUGAAUCCCUCUCUUACAUUCUUCCCCCUGCCAGGCCUUGUUUUUCACUAGGUAAUGGUCACUGUACACGUUUGCUCCUCUCAUUACUCUGGUGUCUAAGAUAGAUCUUUUCAUGUUUCCAUUCAUUAAAACAUGGUCAAUCUGGUUUACUUUCCUCCCAUCUGGUGACCUCCAGAUCAGGUUGUGGAUGUCACAUGACCUCUCUCUUUUGUCAUUCAUAACACUAACGCCAAUUUUCCCCCAACCUCCUCACCAUCAGUAUUGUUGUUUCCUACCAUAGCAUUCAAAUCACCCAUCACCACAAUCAUAUCAUUUCUGUUGCAGCUCGAAACAGUGUCCUGCAGCUGGUUUUAGAAUUUAUCCUUUUCCUCAUCCAUCGCAUCAUUCGUUAGUGCAUAUGCUAGUACCACCGUCAGCUUUUUGUACUUUGAGUAGAACCGUGCUGUAAUAAUUCUUUUGCUAAUUGGCGUCCAUUUCAUCAAGGGUCCCUUUGCCCUCGGGCUCAUCAUGGUGGCAACUCCUCCCUGUUGCACCUCAUUAUGUCCUAUGUACACACCCUCUCUUUACUCUGGGGUGUUACUGAUCCUAUCCCUUUCCACCUGACUUGUCCGGCACUUCAAUCCCUUACUCUUUCAUCUCCUUAGCUACUUGCAUUGGGCAUGUUGUCUCUGCGAUGGUCCUCACGUAUUAGCAACCGAUGGUCUGUCACUUGGGGUCUACUGUGGGUUCUAUCUGCCUUUAGGUGUCCUGCUGGCUUUGUCCCAAGAGCAUCAUUGUAGCCCUAGCAGCGACAUCCCCAGUUAGUGUUAAAAGCGUUUCCACUUUCUGAAACAAUUAGUGUUUUUAUGUGGUAGGGUUGUUAGCCCUAGGCCCAACCCCCAACCUGGAGGACCAGGGGGUCAUUCUCUGUCUGGUCUCUACCCUUCGUCCUUUUCGGCAUGGGUGGCCCUACCUGGAGUAUAAGACUCCAGCCGACUUAGCUCAGCGAGUCAUUAACACACGCAAACUUUCCCACCAUGAUAAGGUGAUGAUUCCAUUCCUAGCAGGAUAACGAGAACAUGCGGGGGCAGGUUCUGGUCUAUGAAAUUCCUUGUAACUGUCGCGGGCAGAAGAUCAGAUCCACAGUGCCUCUACCACUGCGAAAACUACAUUAAGUCUCAGGCAAUAUAUUAGGAGGUAUGCGUUUGUUUAUUCUGUUCAGGAGUAUGCGAGCCAUUGAGAAGAGAUAAAUACCUCGAUAGUUUCCACAGUCCUUUAUGCUUUCCUUCUUGAAAACUGGCACAAUACUAGAAUACACAAUACACAAUACACAAUACAUCUUUCCAGUCUUGUGGUCUUUAUUCAGUUUCUCAGAUGUGCAAAACCAGUUUGUACAGGCUAGAGGUGAGUUUAACCCGGCCAUGUUUUCUGAGUUCUGCAGGUAUACCUGUUUGUUGCGUUGAUGGCAUCCAACAGUUCUUUGACUUCAGGUUUUUCAUUAAGAGAUGCAAUGUUUGGUCUCAGUGCAGUGGUGUCCAAGACAGAGCGGUCAACCCCUCCAGUUAUGUUAAGUAGCUUGUCAAAGUAGUUUGUAAAUCUGUCGAGAAUCUCAGCUUUCUUCUUUAUUACUGUCUCACCAUCAAGGUCUGUAAGCUGUGUUGUACCCCUCUUCUAUGUCCAAUGUACUUCUGUCAGAUCAUUUUAAAAGUUCUUUCAUAUCUUUUUUUUCUGCUUCCUUUGCCUCCCAUCUUUGAGACUUCAUUUCCCUGGUGUACUGCUUUAGUACACCAGGGAAAUAGUGCUUGCAGUAUUUCUUUCCUCUAAUAGCUUCUUGUCAGUAUCAUUGAACCAAUCCUGGUGUUUGCAACUGGAUUUACCCAAGACACUGAGAGUAGUGUCAUAUAUAGUUGCUUCUAAAGAACUUCAGUUUUCUGCAGCAAUUUCUGACUCCUGAUAUUGCAAUCCUGCCAAAGUCUUGUCCAUUUCCUUCAUGUGGUGUUCAUUGCGCUUGAAGAUAGUAUUUGUGAUGACCAAACACCGAGCAAAGAGCCAGAAGUUCACCGUUUCAGUUUCAAUUCCCAACUCUAUGCGUGCCAAUCACACAUGCCCAUUUGUCCACCCCUUUUCCAACCCUGGCAUUGAAGUCACCAGCAUUAUCAGUUAACAGUACUAGAAAUAGACCUCUCUGCAGUACUUCUCUCAGGCUGUUGUAGAAUUUCUCCUUGAUCUCUCAGAGGUUGGUCAGUUUUGGAGCAUACACACCCAGCUAUGGUGGCAGACAUUCCUCUGCAGCGGAAGUCUCAUGGUGACUAACCUGUCACCGACAGGUGUCGGGUCUUCCUUCAGCUGCUCAGCAAUGGAGUUUCCUAUGGGAAAACCAUGUCUAGAUUCGUUUCGCUCGUUCUCUCCCUGCCACUCCAAAAAGAUCGUGUGGCCAUGAUCUACCAUGCCGUCGUAUGAUAGCAGUUGAGUCUCACUUAGCGCUGUUAUAUCAUUUAUGUAACUCUCAAAUUCUUUUGCUACCAAUGCUGUCGGACAUUCAGGCCCUCUUUAGUCAGUUUUAUUUAGCAACGUUCUGACAUUCCAUUCUCUGAGUUUCAGAGAGAUCCCGUGUCCUCGUAGCUCACUUUUCACAGGUCACUGGAAUAGGAGCGAGCCAGCACAAACUUUGUUAACCCAGGCGACGUUUGAGCCUGUAUGGGAGCCUGUUUUCUGUGCCAUUUAUACCUUAGAACUGUAUGUAAAAGGAUUGUAGGGAAACCAGCUUUUCAAUUGACUAGGGUCACUCACUCGGCAGGGCAAAAAUGUGGUCCAGCGGGCAAGGACGGGUCGGGACAAGCUGGCAUUUAUGCCAUGCUGCAGCGGCUGACCGGUGGAUAGGUCUUUUUAUCUCCACCUUUGGGUGAUGCCAGAGUCCACCUAACUGGGGGUGGGCCACCGUAGACCUUAAGACAGAUGUUGUAUCCUUCUCUCUGGAUACCCAGUUUAACCCCCCUUAGAUAAGCCUAGUGGAGUUGCCGGUUUAGUCGCCGACGGCUUAACGCAUAAAGCAGGUUGUACUAGGUGACAUGGUUAACUGGUAGCAGGUAAGGGACACCUGACCUGAUCACUCAAAAACUUUGAUUCUGACUGUCAUCACUCAAAACAUUUAAAUUCUGAAUGUCAUACCUCAAAACAUUUGCAUUCCGAAUGUGUUCACUCCAAACAUUUGAAUUCUGUCAUCACUACAAUCAUUUGAAUUCCGACUGUCAUCACCCCAAACCCUUGAAUACCAUAUGUCAUCACUCCAAACACUUGAAUACCGAAUGUCGUCACUCCAAACACUUGAAUACCGAAUGUCGUCACUCGAAACAUUUGAAUUCCGAAUGUCGUCACUCGAAACAUACAAAUUCCGAAUGCAAUCACUCCAAACAUAUAAAUUAUCUAUUUGUAUUUUAUUUUAUUCUAUUUGCCACACAAUAAUUACAAAAAACAAAGGAAAAGAAGAAAAAAAGAAGUGGCGAGGAGACCUAACAGAGACUAUAGGAGCUUAUGAGAGGUUAGGCCUCCUCGAACUAUGAGCUAGAGCUGUUUCACAUCAAUUGAAGAAAAGAAGGCGAAAAGUCGAAAAUGGUAAGACUUAUGAACUGUUUUCAUACUCACUCAAUAAUUUAAUCUUCAGUUUUUUCUUAAAAGAGGAGAGGGAUUGAGAGUUGAUGACCUUGUUGUCAAGUGAAUUCCGAAUGUCAUCACUCCAAACAUAUAAAUUCCGAAUGUCGUCACUCCAAAGAUUUGAAUUCCGAAUGUCAUCACUCCAAACACUUGAAUACCGAAUGUCGUCACUCCAAACACUUGAAUUCCGAAUGUCAUCACUCCAAACAUAUGAAUACCGAAUGUCGUCACUGCAAAGAUUUGAAUACCGAAUGUCGUCACUCCAAACAUGUGAAUUCCGAAUGUCGUCACUCCAAACAUAUGAAUACCGAAUGUCGUCACUCCAAACAUGUGAAUUCCGAAUGUCGUCACUCCAAACAUGUGAAUUCCGAAUGUCGUCACUCCAAACAUAUGAAUACCGAAUGUCGUCACUGCAAAGAUUUGAAUACCGAAUGUCGUCACUCCAAACAUGUGAAUACCGAAUGUCGUCACUCCAAACAUGUGAAUUCCGAAUGUCGUCACUCCAAACAUUUGAAUACCGAAUGUCGUCACUGCAAAGAUUUGAAUUCCGAAUGUCGUCACUGCAAAGAUUUGAAUACCGAAUGUCGUCACUCCAAACAUGUGAAUUCCGAAUGUCGUCACUCCAAACAUUUGAAUACCGAAUGUCGUCACUGCAAAGAUUUGAAUUGCGAAUGUCGUCACUCCAAACAUGUGAAUUUCGAAUGUCGUCACUCCAAACACUUGAAUUCCGAAUGUCAUCACUCCAAACAGUUGAAUACCGAAUGUCAUCACUCUAAACAUUUGAAUACCGAAUGUCGUCACUCCAAACACUUGAAUUCCGAAUGUUAUCACUCUAAACAGUUGAAUACCGAAUGUCGUCACUCCAAACAGUUGAAUACCGAAUGUAAUCACUCCAAACAGUUGAAUACCGAAUGUCAUCACUCUAAACACUUGAAUUCCGAAUGUCAUCACUCCAAACACUUGAAUUCCGAAUGUCAUCACUCCAAACACUUGAAUUCCGAAUGUCAUCACUCCAAACAGUUGAAUACCGAAUGUCAUCACUCUAAACACUUGAAUACCGAAUGUCAUCACUCCAAACACUUGAAUUCCGAAUGUCAUCACUCCAAACAGUUGAAUACCGAAUGUCAUCACUCUAAACACUUGAAUACCGAAUGUCAUCACUCCAAACACUUGAAUUCCGAAUGUCAUCACUCCAAACAGUUGAAUACCGAAUGUUAUCACUCUAAACACUUGAAUUCCGAAUGUUAUCACUCUAAACAGUUGAAUACCGAAUGUCAUCACUCUAAACAUUUGAAUACCGAAUGUCGUCACUGCAAAGAUUUGAAUUCCGAAUGUCAUCACUCCAAACAGUUGAAUACCGAAUGUCGUCACUCCAAACAUUUGAAUUCCGAAUGUCAUCACUCCAAACAUUUGAAUUCCGAAUGUCAUCACUCCAAACAUUUGAAUUCCGAAUGUCGUCACUCCAAACAUUUGAAUUCCAAUUGUCGUCACUCCAAACAUUUGAAUUCCGAAUGUCGUCACUCCAAAGAUUUGAAUUCCGAAUGUCAUCACUCCAAACAUUUGAAUUCCGAAUGUCGUCACUCCAAACAUUUGAAUUCCGAAUGUCAUCACUCCAAACAUUUGAAUUCCGAAUGUCAUCACUCCAAACAUUUGAAUACCGAAUGUCAUCACUCCAAACAUUUGAAUUCCGAAUGUCGUCACUCCAAACAUUUGAAUUUCCGAAUUUCAUCACUCCAAACACUUGAAUUCCGAAUGUCGUCUCUCCAAACAUUCGUCACUCGAAACAUUUGAAUUCCGAAUGUCAUCACUCCAAACACUUGAAUACUGAAUGUCGUCACUCCAAACAUUUGAAUUUCUGAAUUUCAUCACUCCAAACACUUGAAUUCCGAAUGUCAUCACUCCUAACAUUUGAAUUCCGAAUGUCGUCUCUCCAAACAUUCGUCACUCGAAACAUUUGAAUUCCGAAUGUCAUCACUCCAAACACUUGAAUACUGAAUGUCGUCACUCCAAACAUUUGAAUUUCUGAAUUUCAUCACUCCAAACACUUGAAUUCCGAAUGUCAUCACUCCUAACAUUUGAAUUCCGAAUGUCGUCUCUCCAAACAUUCGUCACUCGAAACAUUUGAAUUCCGAAUGUCAUCACUCCAAACAUUAGAAUGCCGAAUGUCAUCACUCCAAACAUAUGAAUUUCCGAAUUUCAUCACUCCAAACACUUGAAUUCCGAAUGUCAUCACUCCAAACAUUUGAAUACCGAAUGUUCACUCCUAACAUUUGAAUUCCGAAUGUCAUCACUCCAAACAUUUGAAUACCGAAUUUUCACUCCUAACAUGUGAAUUUCGAAUGUCGUCACUCCUAACUUUUUAAUUCCGAAUGUCGUCACUCCAAACAUUUGAAUUCCGAAUGUCAUCACUCCAAACAUAUGAAUUUCCGAAUUUCAUCACUCCAAACACUUGAAUACCGAAUGUCAUCACUCCAAACACUUGGAUACCGAAUGUCAUCACUCCAAACAUUUGAAUUCCGAAUGUCGUCACUGCAAAGAUUUGAAUACCGAAUGUCGUCACUGCAAAGAUUUGAAUUCCGAAUGUCGUCACUCCAAACACUUGAAUACCGAAUGUCGUCACUCCAAACACUUGAAUUCCGAAUGUCAUCACUCCAAACAUAUGAAUUUCCGAAUGUUCACUCCUAACAUUUGAAUUCCGAAUGUCGUCUCUCCAAAUAUUUGAAUUCCGAAUGUCGUCACUCGAAACAUUUGAAUUCCGAAUGUCAUCACUCCAAACAUUUGAAUUCCGAAUGUCAUCACUCCAAACAUAUGAAUUUCCGAAUGACAUCACUCCAAACACUUGAAUUCCGAAUGUCAUCACUCCAAUUAUUUGAAUACCGAAUGUUCACUCCUAACAUUUGAAUUCCGAAUGUCAUCAGUCCAAACAUUUGAAUUCCGAAUGUCAUCACUUCAAACAUUUGAAUUCGCAAUGUCAUUCUUCCAAACAUCUGAUUACCAAAUGUCAUCUCUCCAAACAUUUGAAAUCCGAAUGUCAUCACUCGAAAUAUUUGAAUUCCGAACAUUUAAACUCGGAAUGUUAUCUUUUCAAACAUUUGAAUUCCAAAAUGUCAUGACUUCGAAUAUGUCAUUUCUGAUGUCAUUACUGCAAAUAAUUUUCUCCCUUACUGUUUUUGGUUUUACUGGUUGGCCAUCUAAUCAUUAUAUUUUUGUUUUUGUUUUUGUCUUUUUGUUUUUGGUUAUAGCUUGGAAUUCCAAAUUCAUUUGUAUUAGGUUCCUACACAAGAAAAAUAGAGAAGGACACGAAAAUUAAAGGCACUAUAAAGUAUGUAUUGUUUUUCUUUUGUUUCACGGGUACAUAAUGUAUUUCUCUUAGAUUCACCUAGUCUCCAAGAUAUUAGGCACUGACGCUUGAGGGUGCCUUGUGUUCAAUAUCCACUCCAGAAUGAUCCCCGGUUCCACCUGGUGUGUACUCCACCCAGUAAGGCCCCCUUCUGAUUCCUAGUGUCCCCUUAGUUCCUAGUGUCUUGGGGAUAUGGGCCACGCCACCGGAGAUGAUCAGGACUCCUGCCCAGGGUGGCUACCCCCGUACCACUCGAUCUCGUCUACCUCCAGGAGGGCUUCUUUCCUGGUCCCCUUACCCCUAGAUUUAAGUGCUUCCCUGCCACCACUAUUUUGGCCAUUAGUUUCUUGUGUGUUUCCUGUGUGGCGUAGAACCUUUAUUCGAAACCAUCCGCCGAACGGAGGAUCAUUCCGCCCGGUUAAUGCAUUCAUUGACCAAGGAUGCCUUGGAAAACGCAGUACAGGGACUAGGCAAAUUAACGAUCACUGUUGAAAGGUAUAUUUGAUAGAUAGAAAAAGAGCAAAGAAAGAUGUGAUGAUCUUUUCAAUUAAUCAAGGCAGAUUUAAAUUCAUCUUCAAAGUUAUAUAGUCAAUGAUCACGUAUAUGUGCCUGAUCAGGGUUGAGUUUUCAUCAUCCGUGGGUCAAUUUUGGUGUGGUGAAUAAAACUAUCCUCAGCAAACAGGACAUUUGGCGACGCCACCACUGCUUUCUCUGUGAAAUGACGUCUGAGAAACGAGCGCAGAUAUUCCAUACUGAUGACGCGUCAGUACCCAGGUAUGGGUGGCGUUUCUGAUUAGAUGAAACAAAUUUCCCGCGCAGCAUGAACAAUCAGAAACACUACCCAUACCUGGGUACUGACGCGUCAUCAGUAUGGAAUUUCUGCGCUCGUUUCUCAGACGUCGUUUCGCGGGAAAACUAGUGGUAGGGUUGCGGAAUGUCUGCUGUUUUCCCAGGCUAGGCUGUUACUUGAAAUUCAUAUACCUCUGGUGUCCUGUAAUAAAUUUUAUUUUUUCCUUUCAUUGUAUGAUCACUGCAUCUUUUCAUUGCUUUUUUUUAGGAGUGGAACGUUUGGUUCUGUGGUUGAAUACGGAUGUGAAAAGCAAAUUUCUGAACACAGUCGACUGGCUGCCACAAUGUGCAUUGGUUUGCCCAUUGGUGUAUUGCUAAAAGUCAAGUAAGUAGACUGUCGUUGUGUUUCUACUUUCAUGAUGUAUCAUGUAGUGAGCUACAUGAUACGACAUUUUGGUGCCAUGCAGAAUUGUAAAACGCGAUAAAUUGCAGAUACAAGCAAACGCUUUUACUCACCAGGUCCCGCUUGUUCAAACAUUAAAUAGCGCAAUCCCCCGGAUUAAUCACGAUCUAGUGAAUAAGCAUUAGGGAAACCAAACACAACAACCGAGGCCAGGUCAAAAUAUAAAGUAAAACGUCGCGGCUAUUAAUUGAGAAAAUAUGGUUUUGCUUUACUUAGAAAGCCUUCGUAAAUCUGGUUACAGGUCCGUUCUGUUGAUCGCACAUUCAGUUAAGUAGAACAUUGCGUUAUUUUGCCUGAAUGCUUUGAGCCGGGUGCCAACACACUCCGUUAGGCAAAAAGAAUACACACUACCCAGUAAACUGACUUUUCACAGAGCUUGUACUAAUUGUUGGAUGUAACAAAUUUUGAUUUAGAUUGACCCGUGCGAAUCAAGUAUACAGCUUCCCCAUCAACCUGUCAGAAGAGAUUCAUCCAGCGGCCAUAUUUUAUGGCACUGUGGUUCCUAUAACUGUCUUUUGGGUUGUCAAGGUUCUUGUUGUUAAUCCAUUUUUGCAGAUGGAGAAGGAAAAGUAAGUUAAUUCGCUUAUGUCUAAUGUUUGACUGACAUGUACAGGUUUAACUUGUAAACGGUCCACGUUUUCUUCAAAACCCAAGGUUUGGUUUGCAUAGUAGGCAAUUAAAGUAGGAUUUUGUACACAUGCAUCUUCUUCUAUACCUUUACAGUAGUAAUGAUAAAUUUCUGGAAAUGAGGUUUAUUUCUCAGGAGCCAUUGUAGAUAGAUAAAUGGUUAGACGGACGAAUGGACGGACGGACGAACGAAAGGACAAAGGGAUGGGUGGUUGGAAAGACGGACAGACAAACGGAUGGACGGACUGAUGGCCAGAAGGACAGAUCGGAUCGACGUACGGGGUGAACAGACGGACAGAUAGACAAACGCAUUGAUGGACGAAGAAACGGACACUGAAAUGUAUGAAUGGAAGGACAAACAGACGGGAAAACGAAUGGACUGACAAACGAACGGACAAACGGAUAGACUGACAAAAGAGUUGAAGGAAGGAGGACGGACGGACGGACAGACGAUACAAGGAAAAACAGACGGAUGGAUGAACGGAAGGAUAAACGGAUUGACGGGUCGACAGAGAAACAAACUGACAAAUGGAGGACGGGGUAACGGACUGACAGACGGAUAGACUGACAAACAGAUGAAGGGAUGGACGGUUUGAGCCGACGGACGAGACAAAAGAUCUCAUACUAAUUUCAGGGCACAAAAUAACAUUAAAAAUACAACAUCAAAAUGUGAAUAUUAGUAAUAAUCGCUAAAAGAAGAAAAUUAAUCUUAAUUGUUUCAGGGAAUCAGAGGCAAAUAAAGCGAAAUAUGCCAAACAGAUGGCAGAGCAAAAGAAGGAUGCAGAGAGCAGUGUAAGUUAUAUCUUGCGCCUGUUUAUGCCCCUUUAUAAAAAGCAGUUGUCGUUCGUAUUCAGGCUCAGCAGCAUAAUUUUGACACCGAAAGUGCAUCCUCGCCGCAGCAUGUUGUUCCCAGUACCUAAAACAUAUAAGAAAAUUCAGUCCAACAGUUAUACGAUGUUUUUAUUAAAAAGAUAUUCCUAUAUCUAUAUGUGAAACUCAAAAGACAGCUAAAACAUUAUUUAAAAGAGCUGUUUAUCAUUAUUCUUUUGCUCAGUACUUUAUUGGGGUCUUUAUUACUACCAGGCCGACUCUCAUAAUUUUUUAUUACUUGUAACUUUUCCUCUCUUUUUCAUUUUUCUCUUUUUUCUCAUUUAUCCCUCCAAAUAAAUUUGUUUAUUUCCACCAUAUCUUACUCUUCUUCAUUUAUUAAUGUUACUGAUCUGUUUCACCAUAUAACAAAUAUUAUAGAAACUGGAAUACAUUUGCAAUUACAAAACGUUUCCACGUUUCUUCCAUUCGUGUCGCGUGUCUUCGGAAGGUGUCGGAAGGUGAUUUUUUGCUGCCUCCCGUGGUUUCCUCGUUCCAUCAUCUAACUGGUUUUUAUUUGAAUUUAUCUUUAGAUACGUCUUAUGCAGGAGACAUGUGAGAGAAUAGUAGAAUUCGAAUCGUCAAGACAUGGUAAUGACAGUUGCCUCUUGACCAGAAAAACCUGACUUGUUUUCUUUAUACACGGCACUUUAAGCAGACUACUGCAAAUUGCCUUAAAACACCAAACAAGGCGCACGAAAAACAAAAUUGUUUAAAGCCAUGAUUAAUGACUUACAGCAAAGUGGAUACGAAAAGUAAAGCACUACGAAAGAUUAAACCAAACAGGACCUUUUUCGAAGAAACUUGGCGCGCCUCGCCUUAGACAUAGGACGUGCUAAAAUAGAAGAAUUUUAAAAUACGUUUUUUAAGAAAUCUAAUAGCUAUUUUGUUUUUAUCGUGGUUACUACCCUGAAGAGGAAACCUGAAGUCUGUUUGUUGCUUUUUAGGCUUAAUCAUAGUGAAUGCGAGGUAUGGCCAUUUAGUAUCCGUAGGAGAAAGGUAAGCCCCAAAACAAACUAUUCACAGACUGUCUUUGUGUAUCGUAUUGUAACUUAAUACUCUUACAAACGUUUUCUUUUUGUACUUGUAGUUCACAGGACGCUCGUCGAGGCCCCAGUAAAGUGAUCGAUGUUACGGUCCCUGUGCAGUGUCAAGUUAAGGAUUCACGACUCUUCCUCACCGAGUCUUCAAAGGUGCGAGAGCCGGCGCUUAGCGCGGGAAAAUUUGUGCUAAAGGUCACGCAUUUGCUUCUGAUUGGUCGAGAAAGUUACGCGCGAUGAUUAGACAGUCGUAAACUUUGACAAAAGAACCUUUCACGGUUUUUUUUUACUUUUAACAUGGCCCAGUCAGUGAAAAUCUAUCGACACCGAGAGAACGUAAAAAGUAAAAUUGCCAAGUUUUAGUGAUUUGUUGAAAUAGAACCAAGAUAUACAUGUAGCUCGGCAGAGUCAAAAAAUUUUACAGACGUUUGUAUGAUGGAGGACAAUACCAACGUCUGUAAAAUUUCGCGACUUAAGGGAGUUAUAUGUACGCUCGCUUUAGCCCUAUUACUUUCAAAUUUAGCAAGUUUAUUAAUGUUAAGGCGCUCUUUUCAGCGGUGUUGACUAAUUUUCGCUAAAUGAUCCUCAUCAAAACCACAGCAACUGCAAACUUAUUGGUGCUUGUAUUACUUGCCAUUUUUGGCACUUCUCCACUUUAUGACUGGUUUAAAAAUCGUGCCAAAUCGUGUCACUUGUCAAGCCAAUUAGGUAAAACCAGAUUAAACGUGGCUUGCUCCUAUGUUUCCUGCGCUUUUUCAUAGAUUCAGCCACGGACCAGAGGUUUUUUUAUCGUUUUUUUAUUUAAGCUCUGAUUGGUCUAUCGGAUUGUCUUUGUUUGCUAUGAUUGGCUAAGAUAAUUGAAUUGAAUUGAAAGUCUUUUGCGUAACACCUGUUUUUCUAUGUUUUGUUCUGUUUCUUUCAGAGUAAUUUAAGUGGAUUUUACGAUCCGUGUCCUGACGAGGAAAAGAUGCUACGAAUAAGAUAUUUGUUCAGAGAAGCGGUUCACGAAGUGACAGUCGGUGAUAAUGAACCUGUUAGAAUACCAAAACAAUGUAAGAUAUCCUGCUCUAUUCGCCUAUUCGCCAUUUUCACAUAGACCAUAAUGUAGGGGAGCAAGGAAUGGCGUAGUGGUGAGAGCACUUAGACUACGAGUAGUCCCCCAUUUUUCCUCAGGGAUAGUAGAGCGAGCGAAACGCGAGCGCGCGUGAAAAUAACCCCACGCGAGACAAGGCGACACCUCUCUCGCUGCCGCGUGUCGCCUUGUGGGGUGAUUUUCACGCGCGCUCGCGCUCGCUGGCUCUACUAUCCCUGAGGAAAAGUGGGGGACUACUCGUAGUCUAGAGAGCACUCGCCUCCUACUGAUGUGGCUGUAGUUUAGGAUUUUGAGUUUGUUGUUGGUUGUCUUUGUUCUGGGAAGUUCUUCUUUGGAUACUCCGGUGCUCUUCUUUGCUCAACAACUAAGAACUACCUUGUGAACGGCUACCUCGUUUUUGCUUUCGUAUUUAAAUUUGUCAAUCACGCUGAGGCUUAGAAGAAACUAGCCCUAAUUAUGUAAGUAAUUUGCACAGGACGAUAACAAAUUGAAGGAGUCUAGUAGUUGCAGUAACAAUGACAUCAUCUGCAAAUGUCCUAUUGAAAUUUGCUGUCGUGACAACGCACCGGGCUUGUUAAGGCCUUUAUCGCAGCUUUAAGUUUUAAGGUGAAAUCAGGUUAGGGCUUAAAAAAGACUUUGUUACUUACUGGCAUAAAAUAUAAGAUAUUAGUUUGAGGUUACCGCUGACUUCUUCUUCUUUUUUUCUCCCUUUAGCACAUAAAAUACAGUCGAGUUAGCACAGUUGAGCAUUUGAGACAUCGCCCAUAUUGGUCCCCAUCAAGACACAACAGUCAAGAGCUGCUGGAAGAUUUCGUCAAAUGCCUGCUGGUUUUACCAUUGAACUCUUGUAAAAUUUUGCACUGAAGGAUGGUGUUAUGUACCAAGAGUUGCAUACUUUUUAAGGACAUUUUACAUUCACGACCUUGAAUGAUAAUUUACAAGGCUGGUUUCAGUGUCUCCAGACCAAACAGAUUAAAAAAUAUUGAAAAGACAUUGUGUGCAAGUAUUUUAUCACUGGGACGAUGAUUUCGCGAAUUAUGACGACCUGCAUGUCAUGUAAGACUUUGCAUAAUGUCCUGAGCCACACCCAUAUUAUAAUCGGGGGACCGCUUCAAUUUACGUUUUUCUGUCGGGGGAUGGUUUAUGUUUGAUUGGGGAGGUUCAUUUUGGAGGGUAGAGUUCAUCUUGGAUGCAAAAGAGAGUCUUUAGAUUUUGGAUCCAGUGGUUGGCAUCUCUGAGUACGUAAAUAGCAACCAUGUUUAGAGCGGAAUUAAAGAGGCAAGUUGCUUUGAGACUCAAAGCAAGAUACGAACGGGUUGAAUUUUACAUUUGUAGCCUCACGAACGGACGGUAAUUUUUAAAAUUUGAACUUAAGUGGCCAGGAAUGAAAGAAAUCCCCCAAAAUAUGUGUGCAGUUUUAUUUAAAAUGACCCUUCUACUAUACCUCAACCAUAAAAGUUUGUCGAUGGCCAUUAUGUAAACGGAUUGAAACUUGGAAAAAAUUCAAGUUUAACUCGUCUGUUGUCGAAAAAUGACCAAAAAAUGAUCAUUCCUUGCUACCUUAUAGAGUACCAAGUUUGAGAAAAGAUGACUGAGAAUACGUACCUAUAACUGCGGCUGAACUUUGACCGAAAAAUGUGGAACCCUCCAUGACACAGCUGAGCCGUUUUCGUCUUAUUUUGAUGUUAUAAUUAAAUUCGGUAUUUUGCAUCCUGGGGCCUAUUUCUCAAAAGGCCUGGUAGCUUUUCGAGUGCGAAGGCCAAUUUUGAAAUCAAAACCUGUUGAAAAUUUAGAGCUUCCAAUCAUCAACUUGUAGACAAAAAGAGUUAAAACUGAAAUGCUUUUUAAGCUUUCAAAUCUGAAUUCAAAUCUCGCACUAACUCUGGGUUAUCUUAACUUAGCUUUGAACAACUCGGCCCUGAUGUACUAAGAACUCUGUGCUCGCAUUAAUAAGACUAAGAUUCUUACUAAAAGUUUUUCACUCGAUUAUUCCCUGAAUUGUUCUACACCCAGUCCUAUUACCUUUACUGAUCUGCCUCGGAUAUUUGGGCUUUUGUGUACAUUGACAGUGCGCCGCCAAAGUAGAACAGGCGCAGGCUGGCCUGGGCCGAGUAUCUAUGAAUUAUCUUACAUGACUAACUACAUGACGUUCAAACCGCCUUCCACGAAAUGGCGGCAGAAGGUUGAGGUUUGACUGAAUUUGUUAUAGCUCGAAUUUGAGUUAAUGGCCAUCGAUCUUCGUUCCUACGGCAGACUGCCCUUACUGGCAGCUGCGUGGUGUUUCUGGGGAACGUGUUUUUAUUCCUUUCUCGUAUAUCAAAUGUAUGGUGAAAGAGGUCGGAGAAAUCGGGUAAGUAUAUAUACUACUGCUGUCACCUGGGCCACUUAG